CCAAGACCAGCUGAGCAGCGACACCUAAAAGGGCCAGUUGUGCUAAAAUCCUGGCUCGACAUGCAGUGGUUUCAGCCCCCCCAAAAGGUAAAGUACCCCUGGAUAGUUAAGUCCAGGCAAAGGCGACUAUGGGGUUGUGGCACUCAUCUCGCUUUCAGGCUGAGGGAGCCGGCGUUUGUCCAGAGACAGCUUUCUGGGUCAUGUGGCCAGAAGGACUAAACCGCUUCUGGUGCAACAGGACACUGUGACGGAAACCAGAGCGCACGGAAAUGCUGUUUACCUUCCCACCACAGUGGUACCUAUUUAUCUACUUGCACUGGCGUGCUUUCGAACUGCUAUGUUGGCAGGAACUGGGACAGAGCAACAGGAGCUCACCCCAUCGCAGGGAUUCGAACUGCCGACCUUCUGAUCGGCAAGCCCAAGAGGCUCAGUGGUUUAGACCACAGCGCCACCAGAGUCCCUUCAGCCCUCCAGCAAGAGGCUGAAAUGGAUAUACACCCAAUGCCUGAGCCAAAGAUCCACCUACACCUGUAAUCAAUAAGGUUGUGGCCAUUUUCAAUCCCAUUGGUUGUCUACCUGAGUCUGUUCUGCCACAGGUCAGCUGGUCGCUGGCUUGGGGUUGGGGAGGAUAGCUCUGUGACUGGGCCUGCAAACUUUUCCUCACUUUAUUCACACCAUGAGUAAUUUUACACACCUCUAUAACAUCCCCACUUACUUGCCUUUUCUCUGAACCAAAAAGCCCUAAAUGUUGCAACCUUUCCUCGCAGCGGAGUUGCUUCAUCCCCUCGAUCUUUUUGCUUCCUCAUUUCUGAACCUUUUCCAGCUCUUACAAUACCCUUUUUGAGGUGACCGUACCAGAACAGUUCAUAGUACAAUAUUCCAAGUGUAAUCACACCAUAAGGUAAAGGGAAAGGGACCUCUGACAGUUCAGUCCAGUCACGAAUGACUCUGGGGUUGCGGCGCUCAUCUCGCUUUAUUGGCCAAGGGAGCCGGCGUUUGUCCACAGACAGCUUCUGGGUCAUGUGGCCAGCAUGACUAAGCCGCUUCUGGUGAAACCAGAGCAGUGCACGGAAACGCCGUUUACCUUCCCGCCGGAGUUGUACCUAUUUAUCUACUUGCAAUUUGUACCACCGACCUUUUGAUCGGCAAGCCCAAGAGGCUCAGUUGUUUAGACCACAGCGUCCCAUAACUACACCAUAGGUUUGUAAUAAUGGCAGGGUUAUUCUCAAUCUACCUAUGUCCUAAGGAUUCCUAGCAUGGCAUUCACCUGUUUCACAGCUGCCACAUACUUGUUUGACAUCUUCAUGAAGCUAUCCGCUACAAGCCCAAGGUCUCAUUCCUGGACAGCCAUUAUGAGUUAACCCACCCCCAUGAGCAUAUAUGUGAAAUAUAAUUCCCCCCCCCCCAUUGUGCAGCACUUUGCAGUUGCAUUUACCAUUUUACUGUUUUAACCACCCUGUUAAGAAGCAGUUCUUUUGCUUCUGGUUCUAGCAUGUAAUUAAGAACUGCGUUUCCUCUUACUGAGGCAACACUAACUUCCUCUGUUUAGCAAUAAAAAUGAGAGUUGCUAAGUGUCUGGACAUGAGUAAUUAAUCAAGACACAUAAUUAUACAAUGUUCCGCUAAUAAAAUUCUAGUUCUUUCAUAAAACUGAAUUAUCCAACAAUACAAUUCAGAGGUCUUUGAAAUAAAUAUAAAACUAUGAAAUAUUAGUUCUUUGUAUACUGAGCCAACCAGAAAUGGAGUAACCACCCAUUUUCAGUUGUAAUAAUUUCAAAGUACAGUGGUACCUCGGGUUACAUACACUUCAGGUUACAUACGCUUCAGGUUACAGACUCCGCUAACCCAGCAAUAUUACCUCGGGUUAAGAACUUUGCUUCAGGAUGAGAACACGGCGGCAGCAGGAGGCCCCAUUAGCUAAAGUGGUGCUUCAGGUUAAGAACAGUUUCAGGUUAAGAACGGACCUCCGGAACGAAUUAAGUACUUAACCUGAGGUACCACUGUAUGUACUUCACAUUCAUUCAGGGAAAAUAUGUUUUAUAGGAUGGUGAAUUUGUGGCUCUCCAGAUUCUGGACUACAACUUCCAUCAGACAUAGUGGCCAACAGCAAAGUUUAUGGGAGUUGUAGUCCCAACAACUGAAGGACCACAGAUGAAUAUCUCUGCCUAUGAUCUCCCUAAACUACGAAGCUCUUCCAGCAAGUUGAAUUAAGAAGAAAGUGGUGGCAGAACAGGGACUUCCCCUGCACACGAGACCAAUAGUGGGCCAGAGGUUGAGAAGGCGUUUUCUGCAUGUGCUCAAGAGGAAAGUGGGGGGCAGAUGGGGCUCGUCAACCUGGGAAGGUUGCCCAUCUAGGAGAAGGAAAACUCUGAUCCUCUGCCUCCUCUGCCUUACAGGAUAUCUUCAGGAGAAGAAAAGGCCAAGGGGUUCCCAGACUGUGGUCAGGGGGCCACCAGUAUCCUGUGAACUUCAUUCAGGUGAAUUUUAAUCUGUUUCAGUAUUUUAACUUUCUGUAUGUUCUGAAGCAUUGUUGUCACUCUUUCUUGAUUUUAUUGUUUUAUCUCUACCAAGUGGCAUAUACAUGUUAUGAAACAAAAACGUACAAAUAAAUGUAUUUUGCUCUUUUUCUUUCUCAUGUUGCAUUACUCUUUGGAUUCUGGGGAAUGCAAACUGUGAUGAAAUAAAAUACAAUAUAAGAAAGAAAAGAAGCAACAAAAGUACAACGGUAAAUCAUACAGCAUGCAGCACACUGCAUUCCAAUUGCUGUAAGAAGCAGAAAAAUAUUAGCUGGUCUGCUAAGACCAGCAACAAUUUUCAAGUAGUCCAUGGUGGUGGGUGGGGAGUGGAGUUUGAGAACUAGUGCUUUAGGCCAAUAAUUUCUGUAAAGUGUUCUGUAAGUCCACCAAAUCUACUUGUGUUUGUUAUGUAAUAACCUUUUAUGUUACAUAUAGGUUAGGUUAAUUGCAUACAACUAUGAUACACAUAAUUUUAACAGCAGUGCUGCAGGUGAGGAGUCAUAUGUAAUUUGCCUAAGUGCUCAUGAAAGACACUGUAUAAUUAUAUUUUUAUAAAGGAAGUUCAGAGACAUUUACAGGUCUUCUUGUGGUGGAUCCCUGCCAGAUAGAGGACAUGCCAGUAUCCAACACAAUUUGGCCACAGUCUAGAAAAAAUCUUCAAUGUUGGAGGCUGCGGAGUGUCACGAUUAUCAUUGUUGCAUCAGUACAGACCUCUGCGUAAAUGCUCAGAUCCGGACGUCAUCGCUGAAGCUUCCAAACCUGACCAGAAUCCCUUUGGUUAAGCAAGUAGGCGACGUCUGAAAUAAGAGAAUGGCGUGCAUUCCAGAAGCUUGGAAGAAUCUGAACUACAAAAUGGCACUGCUCUCUAGAGCAGAGCAAACGAGGUCCGCCCAUUCACAGUGCUGAAAGCAAAUUCUAUCUCAUACUUUAUGGGGCCAUUUUAACUUCCUGUUAUAUAUUCUCAGUCUUCAGGUCUUUGUUUUUCAAACAGAAGUGCUGAAAUCAUUUGUGGGUUCAGAAAUUAGGAAGAGAGAUGGAUUGUGUCAUAUGUUUCAUCCUCCCAUGGAGUCAGGAUUAUACCGGUUUGUAUAAUCUUAGUGGUUUGCUCGGUCUAGCAACAAUGUGACUCAAACAAAAGGACUUACAAAAUUUCCUUAGGACUACUUUUUUUUUUAAUACAACAACUAUGUAAUGACUCCAUCCAUUAACCCUUUAUAUGGCUGCUAAAUGGAGAAAAGAAAUGGAGGCAGUGAGAGAUUUUACUUUCUUGGGCUCCAUGAUCACUGCAGAUGGUGACAGCAGCCACAAAAUUAAAAGACGCCUGCUUCUUGGGAGAAAAGCAAUGACAAACCUAGACAGCAUCUUAAAAAGCAGAGACAUCACCUUGCCAACAAAGGUCCGUAUAGUAAAAGCUAUGGUUUUCCAGUAGUGAUGUAUGGAAGUGAGAGCUGGACCAUAAAGAAGGCUGAUCGCCAAAGAAUUGAUGCUUUUGAAUUAUGGUGCUGGAGGAGACUCUUGAAAGUCCCAUGGACUGCAAGAAGAACAAACCUAUCCAUUCUGAAGGAAAUCAGCCCUGAGUGCUCACUGGAAGGACAGAUCCUGAAGCUGAGGCUCCAAUAUUUUGGCCACCUCAUGAGAAGAGAAGACUCCCUGGAAAAGACCCUGAUGUUGGGAAAGAUGGAGGGCACAAGGAGAAGGGGACGACAGAGGACGAGAUGGUUGGAUAGUGUUCUCGAAGCUGCCAGCAUGGAAGACAGAAGUGCCUGGCGUUUUCUGGUCCAUGGGGUCACGAAGAGUUGGACACGACUGAAUGACUAAACAACAACAUGUAAUGACUCCAUCCAUUAACCCUUUAUAUGGCUGCUAAAUGCUCCUUUCUUAAUUACAAUGAACCACUCCUAUUUCUUAACAGCCCAAGGGCCCCUUCAUAUAUCACCAUAGCAGUGCAAGACCUGCUUUCCUGUAGGUUUGUCCCACACCACCAAGCUAAUGUUUGAAGAUCCAUAGCCACGUGGCUGGAGCCACUCAUGUUAGGCACCUCCCAUACAGACAGGUGGCAACUGGGUGGGAAGGAAUCAUUUGGUCAGCUUCCAGAUGUUACAGUGAGGGCACAGGAAAAAGUCACAGUGGUAAGCCUUCUGUAGUAAGGUAAGGCAUAAGGUGGCCCCAGAUGACUUAUAUUUCUUCAGAAGUCAACAAAACCAUGCUGGAUUUCUCCACUUCUGCACUGGAACUUGUAUUUGUCUUGACAUUCAGCUUCCUGGGAAUCUUAACUUUUGAACAUUUUGUUAUUAAGCUCCUAGUCCACAUGGCCAAACCACCAUGUAUGGUAGAGCUUCUGAGGUGCCACUACAGAAAACACCCUGUCUCAAGUCACUGCGGUUACUGGAAGGACCUCUCAAGGAGAUUUCAGUGCUUCGGCGGGUGGUUGUUGUCGUUUUGUUGUUGUUGUCGUUUUAUUGAAUUUACAGUGGUACCUCGGGUUAAUGAUGCUUCAGGUUACAGAUGCUUCAGGUUACAGACUCCACCAACCCAGAAAUAGUACCUCAGGUUAAGGACUUUGCUUCAGGAUGAGAACAGAAAUUGUGCAGCAGCGGCAUGGCAGCAGCAGGAGGCCCCAUUAGCUAAAGUGAUACCUCAGGUUAAGAACAGUUUCAGGUUAAGAACGGACCUCCAGAAAGAAUUAAGUUCUUAACCCGAGGUACCACUGUAUAUAUACUGCACUAUACCCGGAGGUCUCAGGGCGGUUCACAGAAUAAAAUCAAGAUAUAGAACCACAAAAUACAUAAAAAUAAAAAUAACAACCCAAUAGCUCCCCCCCCAAAAAAACACAUUUGAAAAGGACACAGGGUGUAGAUCAGAUCAACCAAAGACCUGGUUAAAAAGGAACGUUUUUGCCUUGUGCCUAAAGGUAUAUAAUGAAGGCUCCAGGUGAACUUCCCUGGGGAGAGCAUUCCACAGGCGGGGAGCCACUGUAGAGAAGGCCCUGUUCUUGUGUUGCCACUCUCUGGACUUCUCAGGGAGGAGGCACACGAAGAAGGGCUCAGAAGAUGAUCUCAGGGUCUGGGUAGGUUCAUAUGGAAAGAGGUAUUGCGAUCCCGAGCCUUUUAAAGCUUUAUAGGUCAAAACCAGCACUUUGAAUUGGGUCCGGAAACUAAUUGGUAGCCAGUGCAGUCAGACCAGGAUCGGUGUAAUAUGCUCAAACCGUCUUGUUCUGGUGAGCAACCUGGCCUCCGAAUUCUACACUAGCUGAAGUUUCCGAAACGUUUUCAGAGGCAGCCCUACGUAUAACGCAUUGCAGUAAUCUAACCUUGAUAUAGGUUGAUAUAGGAAGAAGCACUCCUCCUUGAAUCCCAAGUCGUCUAGGGCUUGAUAUGUUCAGCAGCAACACCUUGAACUGGACUUGGGAGUGUACAGGCAACCAAUGCAGACCUCAUAACACCGGUAUUAUAUGGUUAAAAUUGGCUAUUUUGCUCAACACUCAGGUGUCACAUUCCAUAUGUGUCAGAGCUCCAGGCUAUUUACAAGGGUAUAUCUAUGCAGAGGGACGCGGGUGGUGCUGUGGGUUAAACUACAGAGCCUAGGACUUGCUGAUCAGAAGGUCAGCGGUUCGAAUCCCCGUGACGGGGUGAGCUCCUGUUGCUCGGUCCCUGCUCCUGCCAACCUAGCAGUUCGAAAGCAUGUCAAAGUGCAAGUAGAUAAAUAGGUACCGCUCUGGCGGGAAGGUAAACGAUGUUUCCGGGCGCUGCUCUGGUUCGCCAGAAGGGGCUUAGUCAUGCUGGCCACAUGAUCUGGGAGCUGUAUGCCGGCUCUCUUGGCCAAUAAAGCGAGAUGAGCACCGCAACCCCAGAGUCGUCCGCGACUGGACCUAAUGGUCAGGGGUCCCUUUACCUUUAUAUCUAUGCAGAAUGCACUACUUGGAAGUAAGACAUGUAUAAGACUGCUCUGCUAACUACAGUGGUACCUCGGUUUAAGAACAGUCCGGUUUAACAACGAUUUGGUUUACAAAUUCCGCAAAACUGGAAAUAGCGUCUUGGUUUGAGAACUUUACCUUGGUCUAAGAAUAGAAUUUGAACGGUGGAGGGGAACUGGCGGUGGGAAGCCUCAUUAGGGAAAGUAUGCCUUGGUUUAAGAACGGUUUUGAUUUAAGAACGGACUUCUGGAACGGAUGAAGUUCGUAAACCAUGGUACCACUGUACUUAGAAAAUGUUAAGAGUGAUAGAAAUAACAAAACAAAUAGAAGCAAACCUUUUUUUCACAGCCGAUCUCUUGAUUUAGAUAUCAUCUAGCUAGAGUUCAUUACACCCCCUUACCCCAGGGCAGGGUGGCAAAAUGGCCCCUUUUCACUUCCUGGCCCCCUUUCAUAACCGGCUUAACUUUAGUUGUCAAAGCAUGUUUCUCUUCAACGGAAGAUUCCUGCUUUGUUUAGUUUCUGCGUCUUCUUCCUAGCAACUAUUUUAAGGGCUCUCCUGUUUCAUCAACUCUACAUUCUGCAUGUUGAGUUUCAAGUAGGACAUGUGUUGGUUAACAUCUGAAUACAUUCUCAAGAAAUGGUCAGGCUGGAACACAAGGGUCUUGCGUAGAUUUAUGAAAAAGGUAGUGGGAGCAGCUCUUGGGGGUUUCAGGUAGAGUUCUGGAGAUGCUCUACUAUGGUCUAAAGCCCUUCUCCACAAGUAUUAAGUAGGUAUAUACCGAAUUACAAUGUUGGGAAUCCAGGCUAGGUUAUGUGGUUUCAUUCUGAAUUUCAUCCUUAAUUCCCCAUUUUCCCCUUCAGCCAUUGCACCUGGAAGGGUGUGGGAGAGAUAUGCUUUGGUUGGCAAAUUCACUCUAUUCUCUAGCACCAGGUAUUCUCCACCCUGCCUAUCACCUUUUUGCAAGAGAGCAUUUCUUUCCUUGUGGAGGUAGCAAGAGAUUUGUGUUACCGAUGAUGGUGGUGGUGAUGAGGAUGAUAAUUGUACUAACAAUAAUUUAUUUAUACCCCGCCCAUCUGGGUGGGUUUCGCCAGCCACUCUGGGCAGCUUACAACAAAAUAUUAAAAUGCAAUAAUUCAUCAAAUAUUAAAAGCUUCCCUAAUCAGGGUUGCCUUCAGAUGUCUUCUAAAAGUCAGAUAAUUGUUUAUUUCCUUGACAUCUGAUGGGAGAGUGUUCCACAGGGCAGGUGCCACUACUGAGAAGGCCCUCUGCCAGGUUCCCUGUAACCUUGCUUCUCGCAGUGAGGGAACCGCCAGAAGGCUCUCAGUGCUGGAUCUCAGUGUCCGGGCUGAAUGAUAGGGGUGGAGAUGCUCCUUCAGGUACACUGGACCGAGGCUGUUUAGGGCUUUAAAGGUCAGCACCAACACUUUGAAUUGUGCUCAGAAACAUACUGGGAGCCAAUGCAGGUCUUUCAUGACUGGUAUUAUAUGGUCUCGGUGGCCGCUCCCUGUCACCAGUCUAGUGCUUGUCGCAUUCUGGAUUAGUUGUAGUUUCCGGGUCACUUUCAAAGGUAGCCCCACGCAGAGCGCAUUGCAGUAGUCCAAGCGGGAGAUAACCAGAGCAUGCACCACUCUGGUGAGACAGGCUGCGGGCAGGUAGGGUCUUAGCCUGCAUACCAGAGCUUUAUAAUCACCCUAUAUCGCGGGGACUAGUACAUUUGAAACCUAAAAAUGAAUUCAUCCUGGCUCCUUAAAUUUUAUGUUAGAGCAUAAGUAAAUAACGCAAGCAGCCCCAUGCCAAAUCCCCCUGUCCCAUAAUAUCUAGGACAGCAUGUCCCAUGCACUGACAUCACUACAUUGAGAGUACCAACUACUGGUAGUAGAGGCAGGGAAACACCCAGAAUUGUGAUGUUAGAACAUGAGGCAAGUUGUACUAGACCAGGCCUGCUCACCAAGCACAAUGCACCCAACUAGUCAUGCAAUGUAGCUUCCCAAGUGCUUGGCAACUCCAUGAUUCUGCAAGGCCACACAAGGUGGUGGAGAUCAUGGUGGUCCACCAUACAGGUUCAAUGGGUUGCAUUGGGCUUGAUGAAUCAAAAGUUGUGCUGGCCUGUUAUUGGAAGAGCCAUAGCUCAGAGGCAGAGAAUUUGCUUCGCAUGCAAAAGGUUCCAGGUUCAAUCCCUGGCAUCUCUAGAUAGGGGAAAAUAACAUUAUUAUUAUUAUUAUUAUUAUUAUUAUUAUUUAUUUUUAUUCAUUUUUUAAUAUAUCAUUUUCAAUAGUCAUUCAACAUAGGCUGCAUCUUACAAAGUUUUUUUGGACUUCCAUCAACCACAUCUGAAAAUUUUCCAAUUUUUCCACUUAAUUUACAUUUCUUAAUUUCACUGUUGCUUUUAAUGAUCUUAUCUAUUGACUCUCUCAUCAUAGCCUUCCUCACAAUAUUUCAUAUAUUCCUCCUUACAAAACUUCUUGCAGUCCUACUAGUGUAAUCUGUUGAUUACAGUUGCUUUUCAAAUAGUUCGCAUAUGUAUUCCAGUCUUCUGAGAAUCUCUGGUCCCGCAGGUUUCAAAUCCUUCUUAUCUAAUUCUGCAUAGUCCAUUAAUAUAAUUUAUUUUUUAUUAUGUGUCUUAUAUUUUUAUGUGAUGAACUGUCCUGAAAUUUCCCGAUGAUGGAUAGCAUACAGCAGGCUUCCUCAAACUCAGAUGUUUUUGGCCUACAACUCCCAUGAUCCUUAGCUAGCAGGACCAGUGGUCAGGGAUGAUGGGAACUAUAGUCUCAAAACAUCCGGAGGGCUGAAUUUGAGGAAGCCUGCUAUACAGAUUUAAUAAAUACUACUAAUAAUAAUACACUUUGCAGUUUCCUACUAAACCCUGCUCUCUCUCUCUCAUCUUACUCUCCUGUUUGAGGCAGCCAUGGAAAAAUCUUCCACCAUGCAGGCUUAGAAUCCAAAGUCAUCCUUUUAAAUAUGAAGAAAAUGUAAGCAACGAACCUUUUUUUUUUUUACCAAUGGUACCUUCAUGCUUUGUUUUGUUUUGUUUAUUUUUGUUUUUAACCAUUUUAAGCAAUGCUAGUGAUGUUUGAACGAGAUAAAAUGGGUGGUGGGUAGCUCCAACUUCCAGACAUUUACGUAACUCUGCUAUAAACUACAGUGGUACCUCAGGUUAAGUACUUAAUUCGUUCCGGAGGUCCGUUCUUAACCUGAAGCACCACUUUAGCUAAUGGGGCCUCCUGCUGCCGCCACGCUGCCGGAGCACGAUUUCUGUUCUUAUCCUGAAGCAAAGUUCUUAACCUGAAGCACUAUUUCUGGGUUAGCGGAGUCUGUAACCUGAAGUGUGUGUAACCUGAAGCGUAUGUAACCCGAGGUACUACUGUAUAGCCAUUGUUUAAAAAAAUUAAACCCCAGAAAAUCAACAUUCUGGGCAAUCAACCACUGCUUUAACCCAUCCGUGUCAGAGUGCAAAAGCUUAAACAUAUUAGAGGGGAAAUGUCAUAUUGGUGGUUUGUGGUUUUUAUAGGGACCUAAGACUUUACACAGCCUUUUUCUAGGUGAUUUGAACAGGUAUUCUGUUGAAACAACAGCCAAGAGGGUAACCUUUGAUUAUGAAACUUCAAAGGAUGAGCAAGCAUUAGCGGCGUAACAAAAUAAUGUCUUUAGUUGCUAUAUAUGGCUGUGAGAUUUCUCUUCUCCUAGACCACCGGGGAUAUAUCAAACAUGACUCAAGGUCUAUUCUAAGGGUAAUCUGGGGGCAUAGUAACCACAGAGGAAUCUCCUGUAUGUUGGUGUCAUGACAAACUUACCCUGUGGCCAGUAAAUUGAACGCAAAGAGCUAAGAAUGACAUUUAGCCCUCUUCUGGCUUCCAGUUGAAACAGCCAUUUAUGGAGCAGAUACCCGGUGCAAACAGACGAUGCUCUAUACCUGUGUCUCCAAGCUGCUUUGCCCUAUGUGCCAGUCCUUGUUGUUGUUGUUGUUUAGUCGUUUAGUCGUGUCUGACUCUUCGUGACCCCAUGGACCAGAGCAUACCAGGCACUCCUGUCGUCCACUGCCUCCCGCAGUUUGGUCAAACUCAUGCUGAUAGCUUUGAGAACCAUCUCGUCCUCUGUCGUCCCCUUCUCCUUGUGCCCUCCAUCUUUCCCAACGUCAGGGUCUUUUCCAGGGAGUCUUCUCUUCUCAUGAGGUGGCCAAAGUAUUGGAGCCUCAGCUUCAGGAUCUGUCCUUCCAGUGAGCACUCAGGGCUGAUUUCCUUCAGAAUGGAUAGGUUUGAUCUUCUUGCAGUCCAUGGGACUCUCAAGAGUCUCCUCCAGCACCAUAAUUCAAUUCUUCGGCAACCAGCCUUCUUUAUGGCCCAGCUUUCACUUCCAUACUUACCCCUUAUUUACCCCUUAAAUUGGCAGUAGUCAGGUUGUGACUAGCAGAGCACACUAACAGAAAUAUGAUGGAGAAAUGCGGCUACAGUGAACCAAUCUAAUUUGUACUUCCUGAAUCACUAUGCGGACAUGCAGCUAUUCUUUGAAAUUUGCGCUUUAUGAAUGUUGCAAAUCAGUGCUCCAACACGCGCACACCCCCAAAAAAUGUGCACAUAAUAUUUGAAGGACAAUUGUAAACAGUUAACAACACUAGCAGGGUUGAUUUAAAAAGACUUGUAAAGUUAAUGAUUAUUGCCUUUUUAUAUUUAUUUAAAACUUGUGAUAACAGAAAUGAGUGAAAUGUAAAAUUGGAAGAGGUACAAACGCUAUGACAUCAACAUGAAAUAUGAAAACCAUGAAGCAGGAGAAAGGGAAGUCCAUUAGCUCACACGAGCAAAAAAUAAUAAUGAGAUAACAAUAAGGAUGUAUUUAAAUAUUACAAAACGGAAAACAAUAAAAAUAUUAUUUUUAAAAAUGUGCACAUUGCGAGAAACAAUGCGUAUGUUGGUGAAAAUAAAAUACAAAAAUGUAUUAUAUAAGGGGAAAUUAUUAUAGUAGGAAAAAUAUUUCUUAUUUUCACAAUACAGUCAUACCUCUUGUUACGUCUGCUUCAGGUUGCAUACUGCGGUGACCUGGAAGUACUGGAAAGGGUUACUUCCAGGUUUCGCCGCUUGCGCAGAUGUGCAAAAUGACAUCACGCACAUGCACAGAAGUGGCGAAUCAUGACCCGCGCAUGCGCAGUCACGGGUUGUGUUCUGUUCAGGUUGUGAACAGGGCUCCGGAACGGAUCCUGUUCGCAACCUGAGGUACCACUGUAAUUUGUUUUGAUACAGUUGCUUUUUAAAUGUAUCUUCUCCAUAGGUACCCGUAUAAAUAUAGAAACAUAGAACUGCAGAGCUGGAAAGGACUCUGAUGAUCAUUAGUCCAACUCCUUGCAAUGCAGGAAUAUGCAGCUAGUGAUUGAGCCUUUGGUGUUAUCAGCACCACACUCUAACCACCUGAAGAUAUCCAGGCUCAUCCAGGUAUGAUGAUGAUGAUGAUGAUGCCCUCUCACCUCAGUUCCCUGUGCCACCCAUGCCACCUUAAAUCCAGUGCUAGUGUGCUCACUGCACCUUUAAGGUGUGUUUGUCUUCUCUCUCUGUGUGUGUUGGCGUGUUCAUGUGUGCACAUGCAAGACUGUGUGCAAGAGAGACCGUGCCCAAAGGUAAAGUUAAAGGACCCCUGGACGGUUUAAUCACUUUAUAAUUAUUCUCAGUGGAGAGAAGUGGGGUUUCUCAACAGGUUGAGGAGGUGUUUCCACCUUUUGACAGGGAGAGUUAGACAAAUCCAGGGACUCCAGUAGAGGGUGUCUGGCUGGUUUGGUUCUGGGAACAUAGGUUAAAAAAAAUGGUAAAGGACCCCUGGACGGUUAAGCCCAGUCAAAGGCGACUAUGGGGUUGCGGCGCUCAUCUCGCUUUCAGGCCGAGGGGUACCGGCGUUUGUCCACAGACAGCUUUCCUGGUCAUGUGGCUAGCAGGACUGAACCGCUUCUGGUGCAAUGGGACGCUGUGACAGAAACCAGAGCACACAGUAACACCGUUUACCUUCCUGCCAUAGCAGUACCUAUUUAUCUACUUGCACUUUGACGUGCUUUCGAACAGCUAGGUUGGCAGGAGCUGGGACAGAGCAACGGGAGCUCACCCCGUCGCAGGGAUUCGAACUGCCGACCUUCUGAUCGGCAAGCCCAAGAGGCUCAGUGGUUUAGACCACAGCGCCACCCGCGUCCCUGUGACCAUGCCUAGUACCAGUAUGUGGCCCCUGGAGGUCUGGCCAAGGGCAAAUAUGGCCCUCAGACCAAGCCAAUCAGCCACUCCUCCUUUAAGAGCAAGUCGGUGCAGCAUAAUCCUAUGGAUGCAAAUAAUCUAGACACCCCAUAGUGCCUUUUAAAAGGUAGGAGUGUUGCAGCAGCACCUGGGAUGCUGACAGCAAUGACUUACAGUUCAGCAUCAGCUUCCUUGCACCACUCUGUUAACCAUUGCCUGGCAGGGAGGCUUAAUAUGUGGAGGGAAUAAACCAGAAUGCACCAACCAGAACAGGUAUGCUCAGUUUCCCCUCUCUCCCUGCAACCGGGCUCCCAGAAAACGCUGCUGGAGACUUUUGCACAGAAACUUAAUGGAGCUGCCCGAGCCUGCGUCAGCUAAGCGUUUAUCACUACAGUCUUCAUUCAUUAAAACUACUCAUGUGUAGAAUACCGUAGCUGUUGCAAAUAUCAGAGAGGCGAUCAGUUCUCAACUAUUAAUGUGUAACUCAGGGACACGAAUAUCACCUGUGGAAUUUAGACAGCUGUAUGGAAAGAUGAAUGUCUUCCUCAAUAAAGUGCACAAAUCUCUGCCCCUUUAUGUUAGGUAUGUCGUCAGUGGCCCCUUCCCACUUCAGCCAUAUUUUCAUUGCUCCGUUUCACACUCGCAUUCUGAUUAUCCAGGGGCAAAUGUUCUGUCGGGCUUACUGUGCACCUGAAAAGGAAGUAUCAGAAACAUUAGCUUUUUGUAAUUCAGUAAUAAUGCAUGCUCUUUGGACCUUAACUGUUCAGCGAAUGCUACUGUUGAAUAAUCUUAGUGGCUUGAGAUAUUCAGCAUAAAUAAAAAGUCAAGAUGCACUUUAGGCAAAUAUUCGUACAAGUAGCGAAUAGAAAGCGCUGUAAAAUCUACAUUAAACUCAAGAAUUCGUUCAUCCUUGCUUCUGCUUUUAAAAGGGAUAGUCUAUCCCCCUGCGCGCAAAGUCCAAACAAUUAGGAUGCCUUUACAAAACAGCAACACCAAAAGCAUUUGGUUUUUAUUUAGUUAUUCAAAACAGUUCUCUACUACCUUUCAUCCAGGGCUUUUAUUUUCAGCCGGGACGCACCAGAACUCAGUUCCGGCACCUCUCAGAUGGGCGCCACUGCUAUUAUAAGAGAACAAGGUUCAUGGUGAGUUCUGGCACCUCUUUUUCUAGAAAAAUAGCACUGCUUUCAUGUGUGUCGCAGCAGUUCUUAACCUGUGGGUCCCCAGAUGUUGUUGGACUACAACUCCCAUCAUCCCUGAGCUCUGGCCUUGCUAGCUAGGGGUGAUGGGAGUUGUAGUUCAACAACAUCUGGGGACCCACAGGUUGAGAAAGGCUGGUCUAGGGCAUGGGUAGGCAAACUAAGGCCCAGGGGCCGGAUCUGGCCCAAUUGCCUUCUAAAUCCGGCCCGAGGAUAGUCCAGGAAUCAGCGUGUUUUUACAUGAGCAUUUUAUUUAAAAUGCAUCUCUGGGUUAUUUGUGGGGCCUGCCUGGUGUUUUUGCAUGAGUAAAAUGUUUGCUUUUAAUUAAAAUGCAUCUCUAGGUUAUUUGUGGGGCAUAGGAUUUCAUAUAUUUUUUCCAAAAUAUAGUCCGGCCCCCCGCAAGGACUGAGGGACCCUGGACUGGCCCCCUGCUGAAAAGGUUUGCUGACCCCUGGUCUAGGGUAUGUCCCACCAAGGCUAGUGUUUUUGAAGGAGGUUAUCUGGAUGAGUUAAUUUCUUAAAGGACAGGUUUUUUACAAGCAAGAAAAGCACCGUAGCUUUUCCACCUUCAUACAAAACAAGGCAUCAUUCAUUAUAUUCUGUGGCACUCUGUUCCUACAACCACCGUCGGAGUUUCCUGUGUUUCGCUCACUGAUGCAAUGGUAACUUCUGCUGCGGUGGGAUGCCAGGAAACAAAACUGAGAUUUCAGUAACGGAAUAUUAUUUUUGGAGGCAACGUGUUCAUGGAGUGAAUGCAGGUCAGCUUUUACUCAUUUACUGAAAAAUCCGUUGAACCUUCUAACUAGGUUAUUUCAUAUUGAAUUUCCUGUGGCGAUACUGACUUUCUUUGCUCGGAAGGGAAGCACUGAACCAAUACUUGUUUUAAAGAGAGGUACGGGGUUUUGCAGGGAGGGGGGAGUUUGGAAGAAAAUGUUGGUGCCCUCCAGAACCACAGCCUUAGCCCUGCAAAGUCCUCCUUCAUAUUUAGUUUUUUGACAGGCGUAAGUAGCAAGUGAUUGUGUUCUUCACCCUUGAAAUAUCUGCUUCUUUGCAGAUAUUUUUUAUAAAACAAUUCUGGAAAUAUUGAAAGCUGAUGGUUAUUAUCUCUGUCUUUUGACACCGGUCUUUUAACACAUAGAGAGAGACACUCUUCUCAUUUUGGUUUGCGAUAGCUCAAACUGUACCUUUAAUGCCGUCCCACCUUUCGUGCCAAUCAUUCAACAAACUGAAAAGAAAAAGAAAAGAAAAUGGAUGAAAAAGGGACAGUUUUGUUAAAUCUUACAUAUUAUUAAGGGUAUGAUUAUAGAACAGUCAUGGGAAGCAGUGACAUAGCAUGGGGGGCACAUGGGUGGUUUAGGGGAGUUUUUAAUGUUUGACUUUUUCUUGUGUUUUUAAUAUCCUGUUGGAAGCCGCCCAGAGUGGCUGGGGAGGCCCAGCCAGAUGGGCGGGGUGUAAGUAAUAAAUUCUCCUCCCCCUGCUCUUCCUCUUCCUCCUCCUCCUCCUCCUCCUUCUUCUUCUCCUGGCGCAAAAUUGUUAGGGGCGCAAGAUUUCAACACCCGGUGCCGCCUCACUACAGCUUCACGCUUCCGUCACUGGGCUCUGAUGAAAACGGCUUCUCGCUGAGAACCUGGAAGUGACCUGGGAGGUUGAAUGGUUUAACUUGGUACAAGGCAGAGCCAAAUAUAGCUGACCUAGUGAAAGGUUGCAUGGGAGUCAUCCUGCAGAUCAUUAAAAACCGAGUUCUCCCUGGAACAGUUCUUGGAAGUGUGAGCCCAAGACCAAGAACAGGAGCCAACACACAUUCCAUAGCGUGUCAGUUUAAGAACCAGCAUUGCUUCGUUGUUUACAUUGGGUUGUUUGGAUUACACCUGAUUGGAAUGUGCACUAAUUAGGUCUACCCUAGAUAGGUUUCAGCUCAAGGAAAGGAUGUCACCUCUUAGAGACUUUACAGACUUAAGAGAAACUCCCCUUACUUUCUCAAGUCAUGAUUACUGCCUGAAUCACUACAUUUCUUGGCUGGAUUCCUCCCACCCCACCCCCUCAAGCAGCAAUUGACGUCAACAUUGCCAAUCAUUAAUUCGUCAAGUUACAAGUUUGUAAUUUGCACAAGUGCCUAAACGCUGAAUACAAGCCCCAUUAAUCAAACAUUCCAGAGUCUGUCGCUGCUACAUAACAGUAUCGCGGUGUUAUUUUAAACAGUAAUGAGGCUAUUUAUUUAUUUUCAGAGUGGGGAAAAAAAGAUUAGGAAAAGGAGUGAAAAGCUCAGAUCAUGGAUUGUGAAAGAGCCAUUUUGGGAGGGAGGGUUUUCCAAGGUGGGUUUCCCUUCUCUAGGGGUGAAUGAGAGGUCAGCAGAGGUCCUGGGCAUCUUCUGGCACGCAGGCCACCAGAAGGACAGAACUGCAAAACCAAUGGGCCAUUGAAGAGCACAUUGUGAACAGCUCCACACUAUACUACUACUACUACUACUAAUAAUAAUUUAUUAUUUAUACCCCGCCAUCUGGCUGAGUUUCCCCAGCCACUCUGGGCGGCUCCCAAUCAAGUAUUAAAAGCAAUACAGCGUUAAAUAUUAAAAACUUCCCUGAACAGGGCUGCCUUAAGAUGUCUUCUGAAUGUCAGGUAGUUGUUUAUCUCUUUGACAUCUGAAAAGAGGGCGUUCCACAGGGCGGGCGCGACUACCGAGAAGGCCCUCUGUCUGGUUCCCUGUAACCUCACUUCUCGCAAUGAGGGAACCGCCAGAAGGCCCUCGGAUCUCACUUUUCGGGCUGAAUGAUGGGGGUGGAGACGCUCCUUCAGGUAUACUGGGCUGAGGCCGUUUAGGUCUUUAAAGGUCAGCACCAACACUUUGAAUUGUGCUCGGAAAUGUACUGGGAGCCAAUGCAGAUCUCUCAGAACCGGUGUUAUGUGGUCCCGGCGGCCACUCCCAGUCACCAGUCUAGCUGCCGCAUUCUGGAUUAAUUGCAGUUUCCGGGUCACCUCCAAAGGUAGCUCCACGUAGAGCACGUUGCAGUAGUCCAAGCAGGAGAUAACUAGACAGCUGCCCUGGACAGCUGUCCCCCCCCCGUCCCCCCAAAACAGUACUUCUGUCUUGUCAGGAUUCAACCUCAAUCUGUUAGCUGUUACAUAGCAAACAUUUAUUUUAACACCACUACAGCAAAUGUAUAGAGUACAAGUAACAUAUCAUGUGUGUAUCUACAACUCCCAUGAUCCCUAGCUAGCAGGACCAGUGGUCAGGGAUGCUGGGUACCCUACCAGUGCUGUGACCCGGUGGACAACAGUGGGCAAACACAAUCAAGACUCAAAUGAGCCUCAACUAGAAAGUGGGAACUCAAAGUGCAUGCACACAAAUGGUGGCAAAAACAUGGGGGCAAGUAACAUGCCACAAAUUGUGCAAAUUUAUUACGUUGCAUUUCUGCUAGACAUAAUAAUGGGUAUCUAGGAUGACAACCACAGGCUACAGCCUGUGCCCUUUGGCCUCGGAGGCUUCUUCUAAAUUGCCAGCUGUAGGCUAUUAUGAAUUCCUUUUUGAAGUGGGAAAAGCUCGUUAUUAAGACAUUAUCUAACUGAAGCAACCGAAAUAGCUGCAUUGAUCAUUAUCUUAUGGCAAUUAAGCUCAGAAAUGUGACUGCUGUAAGAACAAAGUACGUUUAUUUGUUGCUUCAACUCCCCACCCCCAAAUACUACACAAGACCCAAAAUAGCCUUACAAUAAUAAUUAUUCUCUCUGCAAACUAUCAUAAGACUGGGAGGAUGGAAACGUAUUUGCCAACCUGGGAGGUCUUGCUUUUGGGUUCAUUCACUGGCUGAUGUAAAACAUUGUAGGAUUUGCAGCAAAGCUUUCUUAGCGGCAACACUGCAGCUUGUAAACCCACCUGGCUUUUCUAUACAGUGCAAGUCAAACAGUUGCAUAAGCAUCCCUAUGUCAGCUUAGCAGGAUCAGGGGAUACAUACUGUCCCGACAUUGUACCAGUUAUUCCCAUGUGCCUUUUGAAGAGCCUAAGAUCAAACCUAUCCAUUCUUAAGGAAAUCAGCCCUGAGUGCUCACUGGUAGGACAGAACCUGAAGCUGAGGAUCCAAUACUUUGGCCACCUCAUGAGAAGAGAAGACUCCCUGGAAAAGACCCUGAUGUUGGGAAAGAUGGAGGGUACAAGGAGAAGGGGACGACAGAGGACGAGAUGGUUGGACAGUGUUCUCGAAGCUACCAGUAUGAGUUUGACCAAACUGCGGGAGGCAGUGGAAGACAGAAGUGCCUGGCGUGCUCUGGUCCAUGGGGUCACGAAGAGUCGGACACAACUAAACAACCAAACAACAACAACAAGAAGAUGCUGAAAUUUAGCAAGUGGGUUCCCCAUUUGUUUUUGUUUUUUGUUUUUUUAAGGAAAAGACUCAUCCGCUUUUUUCCCAUGAGACAAGUUAAAGGCAUGAGAGUUGGACCACUAAAAGAAAAGAUGGCAACCCUAGUGGUGCUGUGUUUCAUAUGGUUGGCAUACUUUGACACUGCAGAGUGAAACAUGCUGUUGCUUACAGUCAGAUCAAUCUAUUUCAGUAUUGUCUAGGCUUGGGAAACCUAUGGCACUCCAAAUGCUAAUGGUCUCCAACUCCCAUCAGCUCCAGAAGCAUGGCCAACAGCCUGGGAUGAUGUAGUCCGACAACAUUUGGUGCGCCACAGGUUUUAUACCUAGUCAAUUCUGACUGGCAGCAGCUCUCCAGAGUUUCAAAUAAGAAUCAUUCUCAGCCCGGCCUGUAGAUGCUAAGGACUGAAGUUUGGACCUUCCAUGUGUUCAUAGAAUCAUAGAAUUGUAGCGUUGGAAGGGACCCUGAGGAUCAUUUAUUCCAACUCAUUGCAAUGCAGGAAUAUGCAGCUGUCCCAUACAGGGAUUGAACCUGCAACCAUGGCAUUAUCUGUUAGAAUUCCUGCUCCAUGAUUGCAGUCAUGGGAUUGUUGUCUAUCACAUGACGGUAUAUGUUUUGACUCCAGAGAGUGGGAAGUGAUGGAGACAGGAUGUUUGUGUUACUGUGUUCUGUGAAGUGGGACUAUUGUCCUUUGUUCUUUUUGUGUUUGCUGUCUGAUGCUAGAGAGAGAGGGAGCCAUGUUGCAGUGCUCCGUGUGUGUUUAUAUGUAAAUAAAGUAGAUUAGUCAAAAUGCUAAGUUGCUGAGGGCUGUUAUGCAAGCUGCGCAAACUCUGUGGAUCCCUAAGUGUGCCGAUGUCUGUUGGCAUCGGUCGCUGUGACGUUUGGGCAGAAGAAAGCUUUUAAAGCUCCCGAACGAUCGACCAGGAGGGAGAGAACAUGCCAGUUGGGCAUGUGUCUCUGCCAGGGUCCUACUCGAGUGUAGGAUGAGCUCCUGACAUUAUCAACAUCACGCUCUAACCAACUGAGUUAAACAUGUGCUGUACAAUUGAGCCACAUUCAUUUCUGUGCAGGGUAGUUUUUCAGGAUAUAUGUAUAACGUGUUUUCCAAUUAUUCCAAUUAUUCCCUAAGCAGGCAACAUGAAUUAAAACACAAGCUUAGUGAAAGUUUACCCUAAAAAAAAAACACCACAGGGACAUGCCCAAGGAUUAAGACAUUCUGGGAGAUGAUUUAUAAUGAAAUGAAAAAGGUAUUUAAAUAUACCUUCCUGAAGAAACCAGAGGCCUUUCUCCUGGGCAUGGUCGGCCAAUCGGUGCCAAAGAAGGAUAGAACUUUUUUUAUGUAUGCAACAACAGCAGCAAGAAUACUCAUCGCGAAGUAUUGGAAGACACAAGAUUUACCCACCUGGGAAGAAUGGCAGAUGAAGUUGAUGGACUAUAUGGAACUGGCGGAAAUGACUGGCAGAAUCCAAGACCAGGGAGAAGAGUCGGUGGAAGAAGAUUGGAAAAAAUUUAAAGAUUACUUACAGAAAUAUUGUAAAAUUAAUGAAUGUUAGAAAAAUGUUGGAAUGAAGUUAUAUGGCUUUAGUAGAAAUGUUAUAAGGAAUUAAGUACAGAUAGGUUAACAGAGCAUUAAAGGAAAAAUAAGGUUAGAAUGAGUUAAGAUAAAUAUAGGAUAGAAAACAGAGGAAGAUGGAAAGGAAUUGCUGAAAUAAUUAAUAGAAGUGGAAUACAAAGAGGGAGGUGUGAGGAGGUCGUGGAAAUAAGUGAAUGAAAGAUGGGAUAAUGAAAUUGUUUGAUUUAUUUUAUUGUUUUUGUUUUGUUUUGUUAAUUUGAUGUGUUGUAUUGUAUUGUCUUUUUAGUGUUUAAGUUUUUGGAAAAAUAAUAAAUAUUAUUUAAAAAAACAAACAAAACAACAACACCACAGGUGCAACCAGGUGUCUGACUGUAGAGCAGAAGUGAAGCAAAGGCUCCAUGACCUACAAUGUUUGGCAGGGAAGAGAGGGGAUUAUAUCUAUGUUUGCAUGGAUAAAGUCACCCACACACACUGGAAAGAAUUUUAGAGCAAAUGUUCACCAGGAACCAUCUGAGAAAUAUUUUCCCUUUCGUCUCAAAUGCCAGUACUUGAUCACUGGUGGAUAAUUCAAAUGACUUUUACAACUGUAAACAUAUAGUAAUCCCAGACAUUAAAAUGCAUGCAAAUGGUGAUGUUCCUUUUGCUUUGCCAUAAAAUACAGCAGCUGAAGGCCAUCUCCUUUGUAGAGAAAAUAUUUGGAGAUCCACCCAUGCUUGCCUAACAUUGCUGUCAUAGAAGUAAAGGAUAGGAAAAGCACUUUUUCAAGUGAGUACUCUAUUGUGAACAAGUCUGAAAAAUAUGUACCGUAUAUUUUCCUGCCCUCCUUUCUACAAAUAUUAGUGGCUGAAAGAAACUUUCUAGUUUAAGACCUGCAAAGGUCUGCCAGAUUUAGACUGGACAAGGAGGGGACGACAGAGGACGAGAUGGUUAGACAGUGUUCUCGAAGCUACCAGCAUGAGUUUGACCAAAUUGCAGGAGGCAGUGGAAGGCACUAUCUGCCUCUGAGUUUUUUGUUCUAUUAGAGUGGUACUUCGGGUUGCAUACGCUUCAGGUUACAUACGCUUCAGGUUACAGACUCUGCUAACCCAGAAAUAGUAGCUCGGGUUAAGAACUUUGCUUUAGGAUGAGAACAGAAAUCGUGCUCCGGCGGCGCGGCAGCAGCAGGAGGCCCCAUUAGUUAAAGUGGUGCUUCAGGUUAAGAACGGACCUCCGGAACGAAUUAAGUACUUAACCCGAGGUACCACAGUACUCUCAAGGCUAGUUUCUCCCCUCUGCAGCCUCUGAACUAUUACCUUCUGCAAAUCGCUAUUCUAAAUCUAUACUGUCCUCCUCUUCUCUGGAAGGUGCAGGAAGAGGGGGGCCGGUUCCAGGGCUGGAUUUAGGUUUGAUGAGGCCCUAAGCUUGUGAAGGUAAUGGGGACCUUUAUAUGUCCAGCUGUCCUUUGUCAACAACAAAUUGUCGCGGUUUUUUGUGUUGAAUAUUUGCUAUAUGGUAAUUUAUGGACCUAAUAGGUCUCUAAAGCCAUUUGCACAUAACAAAUAGGAGCCUCCACAACACAAAACACUGUUGCUGUUUGUAGGUUUUAUUUUAUUUGUUUUUCAUCUUAUAUUUUGCAAAUGUUUUUUUUUUUCUUUAUUUUUUUGGGGGAGUACCAAGAGAGUGGGGCCCUAAGCUAUAGCUUGUUCAGCUUAUACGUAAAUCCGGCACUGGUCGGUUCCCACCAUUUCUCCUCAGUCCAGCCCCUGUCAUCUGUUUGUUUCAUUCAGUUUGAGAACAAUGGUAGGAAAAUUGUGUUUUUAGAAAGCGAGAGAAAGAUGGAAGAGAGCAAGAGCAUUCCUUCACCUGUUUAGCGCCCAGCAGGGUACUGGAAAUGAUGGGUGAAAUUGCUUUAAAACACACACAGAUACACACACACACACACACACACCCACCACAGCAAACUUUAGGACUGUCAUCUAAAUUCUUCAAAGUUUGCAACUCUAACUCUAACCAUUAGCAUCAUCCACACAAAGCUGAUAUAUUUGAAACGCAACCGAGUUUGGAAUGUUUAAUAUUGACUGGAUUUUGAUAAAUGAUAACUGAAAGAGAACAUAAAGAAGUGAAACUGAAGCAGGUUUGGGUCUUGGCCAUAAAAAAUAGGUGUGGGUAAAAAGCAUUCCUUCCUUGAGGUGUUCUAAUAAUACUUCCUAGUUCUCCCCCCCCCCAAAAAAAAGCUUCUGUGAAAGAAAUUAGAGCAAAUCAGUCAGGCUAUUUUUAUUGGUGCAGUAGUAUUUUGUUUUUUGCUUUGUUUAUUUUGCAUUCCUUGGACGUGCCUUGCCAGAUUCAACAAAUUCUCUGGAGGCAUUUCUAAUAAAGAUAUAAUCACCAGGCUUGCUAUUUAUGGAUUACUUUACAACAGUGUUCAGAGAGAUUUGGAAUACACUAAUUACAGCUCCAGCUGCUGCUGGAAUGGAAGCUGUUUUUUUUAUUACAUCUAAAGAUACAAAUGAGAUCAACAAGCGAAUGGUUGACAUAUUUCACACAUUGCGGCAGCAAAAUUGGUCAUAUUUUAUAUCAGCAGGAAAAUUAUGUUGAUAUGGGGGGGAGAUAUCAACUGAAAACCAUUACAUACGCUUCAGGUUACAGACGCUUCAGGUUACAGACUCCGCUAACCCAGAAAUAGUACCUCAGGUUAAGAACUUUGCUUCAGGAUGGGAACAGAAAUCGUGCUCCGGCGGCGUGGCAGCAACAGGAGGCCCCAUUAGCUAAAGUUGUGCUUCAGGUUAAGAACAGUUUCAGGUUAAGAACGGACCUCCGGAAUGAAUUAAGUACUUAACCUGAGGUACCACUGUACUGUAAUACUAUCCCAGUAAAUUUGACUAUUACAUAGUUACUGGCAGGACUGACACUUCCAUUUAUAUAUCCUUUUCAUUAUGAUUUUGUCUGCCUUUGUUGUUUUUGGAAGCAAUAAUAUGGCAUACAAAAAUUAACUAUUAACCUGCCAUCUUACGGCCCUGUGGUCUAAACCACGGAGCCUCUUGGGCUUGCCGAUCGGAAGGACUGCGGUUCGAAUCCCCUCAAUAAAGUGAGCUCCCGUUGCUCUGUCCCAGCUCCUGCCAGCCUAGGAAUUCGAAAGCACACCAGUGCAAGUAGAUAAAUAAGUAUUGCUGUGGUGGGAAGGUAAACGGCGUUUCCGGACGCUCUGGCACUUGUCAUGGUCCUCCCUGCACCAGAAGCAGUUUAGUCCUGCUGGCCACAUGACCCAGAAAACUGUCAGUGGACAAAUGCCGACUCCCUCGGCCUGAAAGCGAGAUGAGCGCCGCAACCCCAUAGUCUCCUUUGACUGGACUUAACCGUCCAGGGGUCCUUUACCUUUUAACCUUAUGGUCCCUUAGGUAAAGGGACCCCUGACCGUUAGGUCCAGUUGUGGCCGACUCUGGGGUUGCGGCGUUCAUCUCGAUUUAUUGGCUGAGGGAGCCGACAUACAGCUUCCGGGUCAUGUGGCCAGCAUGACUAAGCCGCUUCUGGCAAACCAGAGCAGCGCACAGAAACACCGUUUACCUUCCCGCCAGAGCGGUACCUAUUUAUCUACUUGCACUUUGACGUGCUUUCAAACUGCUAGGUUGGCAGGAGCAGGGACCGAGCAACGGGAGCUCACCCCGUCGUGGGGAUUCGAACUGCCAACCUUCUGAUCGGCAAGCCCUAGGCUCUGUGGUUUAACCCACAGUGCCACCCGUGUCCCUCAGGAGGGCAUCCUAUAGGCAAUAUCAGAUUUCCUUCUCUGAGGAGACAGAGAAAGAGAGAAAUCUCUUUUUGGAUUGGAAUGCCGGACUUCGGCAUAACUUGGCUUGGUUUUUUGUUUUGCAUAGGUUCAACCAUCUCUUGAGAUAACAUUAAAAAAAAAACAACUCACCACAAGAGUUCCCAAGGUGAGGCAGCAGACUUUGCCCCCACUCAGAUGCUGGGUGUCAGUUUGAAUCAAGAUGGUGCUCUGAAAUGCAACUUUGGUGUGACUUUAUUGGCACACACUAGGUUUGACUGCCUCUUGAGAUAGCGUUUCCAAACUCAGCUUGAGGUUUCCUGGGGUCGGAGUGGUUGUUUUCAUUGAGGUUUGGGUGCCGGGUCCCAUUGUGAUUCAAGAUAGCAGACCAAAAUGUAACUUUGGACUGGCUUCAUCCCUUUUUGGUGUCGCAGGUCCAAACUCACAAAUUGCACUAUUGAAAAAUCACAUUUUAAAAAAUAGUUUCUACAAAUUCUGGGCAGUGCCAGGAACACCCCACUAGUCUGAUAUAAAAGUAGCCGGCCUAUUUCACUAUAAAAGCACACACUUCUUGCUUGGCCCAUACACUUCAGGAGUAGAGCUGAGGUGAAUCUCCCCUCCACAUUCACUAUCACAGAGUUUUAUAUCAAGUACUCUGAGCAUUCACUAUUUUAUUUAUUUAUCAGUUGGCAUGCAAUGGUAUUUAGUAUUUAAGGGCAGAUAAGCUGGCAUCAAAUAGUGUUUAGCAGUGCACCUUAUUUGAUUGUUUCCAUGUAAUAGCAUUUAAAGCCUAAUAUAAUAUAAUAAAUUUAUUUAUACCCCUCCCAUCUGGCUGGGUUUCCCCAGCCACUCUGGGUGGCUCCCAACAGAAUAAAAAAGUGAUAAAAUAUCAAACACUUAAAACUUCCUCAAACAGAGCUGCCUUCUUAUGGCAUUUUACAUUUGAUACUAGCCAAAAUUUAAAAAAUCAAACCAUAAUGACCAAUCAAAAGUCAAAUUUCUAAUAUUGAGGUAAAAUCCUCCAUUUACAUUUCAUGUUUGAAAAUGUUGGUGAAUUUCAAAGUUGUGAAAAAAAGAGUUUUGAAUUUGGUGGUUACUAAAAAUAUAAAUCAGUGUGACCUUAAAUGGUUAGUGUUUCCAGCCUUCCUUUGACCUUUUAUUCAAUGACAACUCAUGAUGAUGUUCCUUUGUUUACUCCUUUGUCAGAAAACAGAGAGUGAUGUAAGCAGCAGACCCGAAGCAAAGUUAGGCAAUGGACUGCUAUUGUGGCUUUCCCUUAUACGGAGGUGAGUGCUCCUUCUAUCGGUUCUGUCCUAUUUGAAUCUCUAACAUACAGCCAACCACUAUCAGCUUUCUUGAACAAUAAGCAACAAGUACUUAAAAUUCCAAGGGAACGGGUCAUGUAUGACAGACAAAUCUAAUCAGAGUCAUGUGUGGCUUUCAAUUCUUUCACAGUGAGAUGGAACAUCACCCACUUUAAAAUGAAACUAGUUUAACCAGGUAGUCUCAAACCUACAUACAGUAACCCUCUUAGUUUCAACUUUGGAGGUAGUAGAAGACAAGAACUUGCUUGCUGUAUUGCAAAUAGGCAAUAUAGUUCCACCACAAGUGGUUUCACAUGCACACAAUAUGUUUAAAUGAGAAUUCUAAAUGGUAAAACAUAAGAUAGAUAGAUAGAUAGAUAGAUAGAUAGAUAGAUAGAUAGACACACACAUAUAUAUUAUAUACAUAAUUUUAUGUUUUAGAAUUUAGAAUCAAGGAAAUCAUUGAUAUUUUAAGGAUGUUUAUAAAUGAGUAUUCUAAAUUUUAAAACAGAAAAUAUAAUUAUGUAAAGUUAUAUAAUUUUCUGUUUUACAAUUUAGAAUGCUCAUUUAAACAUCCUUCAAAUAUCAAUGAUAAUGAUUUCCUUUCUUCUCUUUCCAUGGUUCAUUUUGCAUAUCAUAAGUCCCUGCAUAUUUUACAUAAACUACACCAUUCAGUAGUCCAUUAUUACAUUCAUCAAAACUUAUUUGCACUGUUGAAUUUGUCUUAAUGCUGCCAACGUUUUCAAGUGUACACAAUUUCCCCCCAUGUAUUCAAGAAACAUUUUCCAGUCUUCUCUAAACAUACGUUCUUCUUGUUCUCUUAUUCUGUAUGUUAAGUCUGCAAGCUGCGCAUAUUCCAUCAGCUUAAGUUGCCGUUCUUCUUUAGUUGGGACCUUGCUCGUUCUCCAUUUUGGGGCUACCACAAGUGGUUUCCACUCCUCUGUCUUUUUUAUCCAUACUUCAAAGUUUUGGAGCAUGCUGUCAUCUCUGUCUGAUGACACCCAGUUUCAUUUUGCCUUUUCUUUAGCCUCGGGAUAGCCUGAACUGAAUGGGGAAAAUUGCUACCAUCCUGAUAAGACAAAGAUGUUCAUGACAAGUUAAAGCUCCAGUCAGAUAGGCUGUUGCUAUUUUGCAGGUGGGAUUCAAGCACAAACAAAUUCAGGUCACGCAGUUGAAGUGGUUUUGGUGCUUUUGCGCAACAAACGCAUUUUCAAAACAAAUGGGCCUUUUUGGAAACGCAGUGGGAAGUGUGGAAUAACAACUGCCUGUUUCAACAUCCUAUAACAUCCUUGGAAAGAAAUCAGAAUGAAAGCCCAGUCAAGAGUCAGUGUUGUACAACCGCCCUGAAUACAUUGCACAAACAAAUCAAGAUGAAUGCUUAAUAAAUGCAAAUCCACAUUCAGAGGUUUGGCUGUUUUCUUGCAUGCUCUGGUAACCUGAUUGCUGCAAUGCACCGAGAGGGAGGGCUGAAUUUAUGAAACUUCAGCUGGAUGCAGCAACUUUCUGAAACUAAGCUCAGGAUAUAAACAACAUUGAUUCUUUAUUAUCUGUGCUGCUUCCCAGUUUGUUUCUGAGUACAGAACACAAGUUCUAAAAACAAUAAACAACAACAGCAAUUUAUUUAUACCCCUCCCAUUUAUGGCGGCUUCUAACAACAGAUUAAAAAUACAUUAAAACAUCAGACAUUAAAAACUUCCCUAAACAGGGCUGCCUUCAGUUGUCUUCUAAACGUCAGAUAGUUGUUUAUUUCUUUGACAUCUGAUGGCAGGGCGUUCCACAGGGCGGGUGCCACUGCUGAGAAGGCCCUCUGCCUGGUUCCCUGUAGCUUCACUUCUCGCAGUGAGGGAACCGCCAGGAGGCCCUCGGAGCUGGACCUCAGUAUCCAGGCAGAACGAUGGGGGUGGAGACGCUCCUUCAGGUAUACUGGGCCGAGGCCGUUUAGGUCUUUAAAGGUCAGCACCAACACUUUGAAUUGUGCUCGGAAACGUACUGGGAGUCAAUAAAAUCAAUUCUACGAAUUCUACAAACUUAAAAAGCAAAAGCAAAACCCAAUUUCAGCUGAUAUAAAGGUGAUAUUUCAUAAAUUUCUGCGUUACACCUUAAAGAAAGCCUUUCUAAGCCAAAAGAAAAAGAAAAAGAAAAACUGACGGGUGGCAUGCCAGGUGACCAGAAAUUUCCAUAGAAAAUAUCAUUCCCCCCCAUGACAAAUAAUUGGAGAAUAACAAUUAAAAGAAGCAAAGAAAACAAACAAAAAUCUGUGGGGAAAAAUCAGGAAUGCACAAGAAAUCUGCUCUGCCUUCACUUCUCCCCUGGUUUGGCCAUUCAUCCCAGCAGCUCCUUCCUGGUCCUGGUAGCAUAGGAUCGCUCUCUUCAUGGAGUCAGCACCUUUGAACAAACCGGGACUUACUUCUGAGAAAAAAUUCACAGAAUCAGUUUGCAGGUAGUGAUGGAUCUAUUCAGAAUAAACUCUUGCUGCACAGGAAUGACACAGACCUGCCUGGAAAGUCAACUCCCCACCAGCCACCCCAAAUGCAUAACUGGGGAUAUGAAAAAAAAGCACCUUACGUCUGGGUGAGCAACAAUGGCCACACAAAACAUUAUAAAAUAGCAGUCAGUCAUGGAAAGGUUUGUUUCUGUAAAAGACACCCAAAAACCUGCUGACCUGAGCUAUUUGGAGGAAGGAUGUUUUUUAAAAAAGAAAGAUCUACACAGUACACAUGUUUCGUUUCCUCUAACGAGGAACCAAAACACUGGAUCUCCCUUCACAUUGGCAGUGCUUUAAUGGAGCAGAACAAACACUUUGUUUUACAUGAACAUGUUGUUCCAAAUUGUGGUUUUUGUGGGUGGCUGCAUGCUGCACGAGAAUCUUGUUUCAGAUAAAGGGGAAGUGUUAUAGAAAGCACAACAAAUAAUGCGGAUAUCCCUUCCUGCUUGCUUUUCUUUUGAGAUCUUAUGUAUGUGUGGGCUUGGAGUUGUCCCAUCACGGCAAGUUCAGGAUCACUCCCGCUAUUUGUAUAGUGUAGGUUGUAUAAAGGUAAAGGUACCCCUGACAGUUAGGUCCAGUCGUGGACGACUCUGGGGUUGUGCGCUCAUCUCGCUCUAUAGGCCGAGGGAGCCGGCAUACAGCUUCUGGGUCAUGUGGCCAGCAUGACUAAGCUGCUUCUGGCAAACCAGAGCAGCGCACGGAAACGCCGUUUACCUUCCCGCUGGAGCGGUACCUAUUUAUCUACUUGCAUUUCGACGUGUUUUCGAACUGCUAGGUGGGCAGGAGCUGGGACCGAACAACGGGAGCUCACCCCGUCGCAGGGAUUCGAACAGCCAACCUUCUGAUCGGCAAGCCCUAGGCUCUCUGGUUUAGACCACAGCGCCACCCGCUGUCCCUGUAGGUUGUAUACUGGGCAACAAAACCUUGGAUCGCUCGAUUUAUUUUCUCUGGGCAAUGACCACAUCUCUAACAGGGAACAGAAAAACAAAACAAACAACAGCUUCAGAAUGAGCCACAAAGUCCCUUCAAAGCAAAUCAGGCAGUUCUUUCUGCACUCCAAGUCUAGAGAAAACACAUGCAGCAAGGAAGACCCAAACAGAUGAAAAAUGAAGCAGGUCCUCUACACUGACUGUCUAGAGAAGGAACUUCAAGGACAUUAUCAUCCCUGAAAUGUGUGCAACUCUAAAUUUCUCCAUAGAACCCAUCAAUCAUACCUGUGACAUCAAUCGUUGUCUAAACACACUGAAAGAUGCUCAUAUUUCAUAAAGCAAUUUCAUCAAAUGGUGCCAACACAUUUUGCUUCAUAAUUUUUGUUCUAUAGGAGCUGGAAACUUACAUUUUUAAAAUAAAAAAUGGAGCUCAAAGUCUGGCCCCUUGCUGCCUUUGGGCCCAAUACAGAAUUACUUUCUGUAGCCCUUUCUUGUCUGCAAGCAGGAACCCCACAGGGCAACCUUGGGAAUGCCAAUGUUUCUCAGCCUGACACACAGCCGUGAGGAUAAAAUGGGGGGGGAGGGGUCAUGUACAUGAUAGAAACUUAAUAGAUCAAUAAAUCUUGAUGUCCAUUCAUAUUUAAUCUCCAUUCACAUUUAAGAGGAUAAAAAUAGGGUUAAGCAUAGCCCAAUGGUGGCCAUCAAUUUGAUUUAAAGUAAUUUUUUAAUGAAAUGAUUUUAGAAUGUUGUAUUAUUUUAUUGUUGUUAGCCACCCUGAGCCCGGCCUCGGCUGGGGAGGGAGGGAUAUAAAUAAAAAUUUAUUAUUAUUAUUAUUAUUAUUAUUAUUAUCAUUUUCGGCCUUUUGCUUAACUAUCUUAGGUAAAGGAAAUAAUUAGGCACAUGAUUGCAGUAAAAGGGAGGGAGGAAGUGGUUAUGUAACAGCAGUCAGUUUUUCCAUUAUGGAUGUCUUAGUUUUCCUUUUCCUUUGCUAAGAAUUCAAUUUGCUUUGAAGGAAAGGGAGGGGGGGAGAGUAACCAAGAAUGUUCAAGAUCUAAGUCAUCAUCAGAAGAUACACACACUCAAACAUGAAAUUGACUUACCCUUGUAUGCUUUUGAAACCAUAAAAUUGACCACAGAGGGCCAUAAAAACAUUUCACAUGUAUGUCACACCACACUGCAUGUAAUAGUAUCCUGCAGUCAAGUGGCUGAUUGUUCUGAAGUGCCUCAAUUCUCACCACCAACACAGACAUAGCUUUCAUUUUGUUAAUUAAUCAAUUGAUUAAUUUGAAGGGUUUAAUUAAAAUAACAUUGGGGCAGUUGAAUCUCAUUACAGUAUGGGAGGAAUGAAACACUGUGUCUACAACUCCAGCAGGUGCAGAAUGCUGCAGCGAGGCUCCUCACAGGGUCUCUGCCAUGGAAGAAUAUUCACCCAGUGCUUUUCAAACUGCACUGCCUCCCAGUGGAGUACAGGGUCAGAUUUAAGGUGCUGCUUUUGACCUUUAAAGCCCUUCACGGCCUAGGACCCUCUACCUACGGGACCGCCUCUCCCGGUCUGCCCCACGGAGAGCCUCAAGGUCCAUAAAUAGCAACACCUUAGUGGUUGUUAGCCGCCCUGAGCCCGGCCUUGGCUGGGGAGGGCGGGGUAUAAAUAAAAAAUUAUUAUUAUUAUUAUUAUUAUUACAAUACAACAACACGGUACAAACCCAUUUAACAACACAAUGGAUCACUUAAACUGAUGGAGCGAUUAAGAUGCAGAUGUAUUAAACCACUCAGUAUUUUUUAAAAAUUCAUACCUCCAGAAAGCUUUCAUUUGAAAGGAAAAGGACAUGAGCAAGGUUUAAGGGCUCUCUGAAAUUUAAUAGGAAUGAGCGCAGGGUGGCUUGUUACAGACACCAGAAAUGACUCUGUAUAGUAUCAUUUCACUUUUUAAUCAUCAAUACAUUUCAGUUUAAGGGACGCAGGUGGCGCUGUGGGUUAAACCACAAAGCCUAGGACUUGCCGAUCAGAAGGUUGGCGGUUCGAAUCCCCACAACGGGGUGAGCUCCCGUUGCUCGGUCCCUGCUCCUCCCAACCUAGCAGUUCGAAAGCAUGAAGUGCAAGUAGAUAAAUAGGUACCACUCCGGCAGGAAGGUAAAUGGCAUUUCCGUGCGCUGCUCUGGUUCUCCAGAAGCGGCUUAGUCAUGCUGGCCACAUGACUGGAAGCUGUACGCUGGCUCCCUCGGCCAAUAAAGCGAGAUGAGCGCCGCAACCCCAGAGUCGGUCAUGACUGGCCCUAAUGGUCAGGGGUCCCUUGACCUUUACUUUACAUUUCAGUUUAGAGCACAUUUGGACUACAGUGGUACCUCGGGUUAAGAAUUUAAUUCGUUCUGGAGGUCCAUUCUUAACCUGAAACUGUUCUUAACCUGAGGUCGUGCGAUUUCUGUUCUCAUCCUGAAGCAAAGUUCUUAACCUGAGGUACUAUUUCUGAGUUAGCAGAGUCUGUAACCUGAAGCGUCUGUAACCUGUAGCAUCUGUAACCCGAUGUACCACUGUACUUGGUCGCUGUUAUUAUUAUCUGAAUCAUAAUUUUAUUUUAUAAUUUUAUUAAAUCAUCGUUAUUAUUUUGCUAUUGUUCUGGUUUUAUACUUAGAUUUUACUAUGAAACGGUACACUAUCAAAGAGAAGUACAAAAUCAUGCGCUAAGGGACUGCUAGGGUAUUCGAUCUAGAAGGCUGAGAAAACCGUGAGAGUCAUGCGUUAUGAUAAGUUGAGUCAGCACUUUAGUGCCAUUGCAAAAGGCCAUGAAUAAUACUCUGGGUGGCAUGACUAAGGGGAAUUUCAAGAGACAUAGGAAGUAAUCCUACCAGUGACCUUAGCACUUAUCAGAUAUUUGCUGCAUAACUAUAUUUCCUUCUGGUUACCACAGUUCAAGAAACGCCUAAACAAGCUGGUGGGGUAUGGUGGCUAUUGAGUGAAGAGGAACAAGAUUUAGGUCUCUAGGAAAGACCAAGGGUGUUUCUUUUAGUUUAGAAAAGUGUUGACUGAGGACAGAUUUACACAUCAUUAAUUUUUUUUAAAAAAAAAUUAUUUAUAUUUUUCAAUUGUAUACAUUUUCAUUAGUUUUACAGUCAAUUUAACAUUUCAAAAUUGGACUUCCUCCCCCCCCCCCUUUCUGCGGUUCCUUAAAUUUAUUUUUUAAUUUCUCCUACAUAUCCAAAUUCAUUUAACUUACUCAUUUGAUUAUCUACUCUAAAUAUAUACUCUUCUAAAACUGCAGAUUAUUACAAUAAUCCUGCAAAUAUUUUAAUCUGUUUCCAAUUGAUCUGCAAAUAUUCGAUAAACCAUUUCCAUUCUUUUAUAAGAAGUUUGUUAUCUUGAUUUCUUAUUCUUCCGGUAAGCUUUACCAUUUCUGCAUAUUCCGUAAGUUUUUCUAUCUAUUCUUCCGCUACUGGGCCUUCUGCUUCUUUACAUUUUACGGCAAGUAACAUUCUUGCUGCUGUAGUAGCAUACAUAAAUAAAUUUCUAUACGGUUUAGGUAGUUCUGUCCCUAUAAUUCCCCAAAAAACUACACAUCAUGAUAAGCACACAACGGCCACUGAAAACAGCAGCCUGGUGCCAAGUUCUCCCUGUGCCAUUUAAUACAUCUUAUCCAUAUUCUGUCAUAACAGAUAUCAGGGCAUGGCUAAGCUUCAUCUAUGGGGUGGGAGGACACUUGGCACAGAGUUGCUCUGAAUUAUUGUUAACAUGCGGUUAACAGCAGACGGGAUGCUUCACUCCAGCGAAUGGGAAAAACUUUGGACGAUGCAUUGUGUCAGUCACGAAAAGUGCACUUACAUGUGGACCCUUUCUGAGGUCCAGAGAUGCCUGGGCUGCUUACUUUUGAGGCCUUAGCUAUAAUAAAAAUGUAAAAAGACAGCACACAAAAACUAUAGUAAGGUAAAGGGGUAAAGGGACUCCUGACCAUUAGGUCCAGUCGUGACCGACUCUGGGGUUGUGGCGCUCAUCUCGCUUUAUUGGCCGAGGGAGCCGGCGUACAGCUUCCAGGUCAUGUGGCCAGCAUGACUAAGCCGCUUCUGGCGAACCAGAGCAGCGCACAGAAACACCGUUUACCUUCCUACUGGAGUGGGACCUAUUUAUCUACUUGCACUUUGACGUGCUUUCGAACUGCUAGGUUGGCAGGAGCAGGGACUGAGCAAUGGGAGUUCACUCCGUAACAGGGAAUUGAACUGCCAACCUUUUGAUCGGCGAGUCCUAGGCUCUGUGGUUUAACCCACACCGCCACCUUCAUCCCUCACAAAAACUAUAUAGGCAAACAAAUAAAAAAGUGAGGUUGUUUACUUACUCUGCGUCCAAGGUGCUCCUUCCACAAAUUUGGGAAGCAGUGCACACACCAAUCUUACAUCUAUUCUUUAUCUAUCCUGUUACUUUAAAAAAAAAAAAGCUAUGCUUUGAGAGUUUCAUCUCCACAAACCAGCUUUGAUCCAAAACUGGAGGUUGAGAGGACAACCUAGCUGCACUUUAGUGUGGUUCAUUUGUUAUAAACAGCUGAUCUGAGAGGACGCAUUCAUCAUUGCCUAAUAUUGGGCCAUCAGACCCGACCUACUCAUAUUUGUGGACAUUUUAGACUCUUUAAGAUGGCAAAUUCUAUAUUGGUUACCCGAAAGAUUCUGGCUUUUACUAAAUCACAUUUUGAUUUGCUUAAAUUUGCAGCUCUGAGCUGGGAUAGUGUGUCACAUUUUGGCCCAGUGGCGUGUGUGUGUGUGUGUGUGGAACUUACCACGUGCCAAAAAAUUCAUAUGUGCCUAAAAAAAACCCCUCCCAUCAGCACUGCUUAUACGGGAAUAGGGAAUAGACUUGGAGCAGCAAAGCUUGUUCAGGGAUGCUCCCAUCUAUUACGUUGAUGUAUAAGGAUGAAAAGGGACGCGGGUGGUGCUGUGGGUUAAACCACAGAGCCUAGGACUUGCCGAUCAGAAGGUCGGCGGUUCGAAUCCUCAUGAUGGGGUGAGCUCCCGUUGCUCGGUCCCUGCUCCUGCCAACCUAGCAGUUCAAAAGCACGCCAGCACAAGUAGAUAAAUAGGUACAGCUCCGGCAGGAAGGUAAACGGUGUUUCCGUGUGCUGCUCUGGUUUGCCAGAAGUGGCUUAGUCAUGCUGGCCACAUGACCCGGAAGCUGUAUGCCGGCUCCCUCAGCUAAUAAAGUGAGAUGAGCGCUGCAACCCCAGAGUUGACCACGACUGGACCUAAUGGUCAGGGGUCCCUUUACCUUUACCCAUAAGGAUGAACAAAGGUCCGUAUAGUUAAAGCCAUGUAUGGAAGUGAGAGCUGGACCAUAAAGAAGGCUGAUCGUCGAAGAAUUGAUGCUUUUGAAUUAUGGUGCUGGAGGAGACUCUUGAGAGUCCCAUGGACUGCAAGAAGAUCAAACCUAUCCAUUCUUAAGGAAAUCAGCCCCGAGUGCUCACUGGAAGGACAGAUCGUGAAGCUGAGGCUCCAAUACUUUGGCCACCUCAUGAGAAGAGAAGACUCCCUGGAAAAGACCCUGAUGUUGGGAAAGAUGGAGGGCACAAGAAGAAGGGGACGGCAGAGGACGAGAUGGUUGGACAGUGUUCUCGAAGCUACAAACAUGAGUCUGACCAAACUGCGGGAGGCAGUGGAAGACAGGAGUGCCUUGCGUGCUCUGGUCCAUGGGGUCACGAAGAGUCAGACACGACUAAACGACUAAACAACAACAACAUAAGGAUGAAAAAGGGGCUGACCCAAACUUGCUGCUCAUUCGUCCAAUGUUCAGUGAUAACAGCAUCAAUUAUAGUGAUAAGUUUAUCCCAAAAUUUUCCUUGGUGACUGUGUGUGAAGACUUCUCCGAUUGCAUUAUCGACCCUUGUGGUUGCAAUGAUAAAUGCGCAGACCUCGCAUAAUUCCUUGGAUACUCAUACCCCUAAGUUGAGGCAAACGAUUGCUCUGUAAAUUUGCUGAAUCCAACAACUGAUCAAACCAAACAUAAACCAAAGGAAAGAUCUCAUCACCCUCUUGGGAAUGUUUUUGGUGGGGCCUUAUCUUAACUCCCUGUUCUUGGCACAAAAUACUUUCCUUGUACCAGGCGACCAAAGCACGGUCUGUACGUAACGCCCUUGCUUGCAUGAAAGGGUUGCUUAAGAACAAUGUCAAAUUCUAUACAGAGGUUAACGGGCCUCAGGGCUGCCACCUUGUGGUAUGGCUGACUAACAGCUUUGUCACAGACUGUGGUAUUUUAAAAUACACCCCUAAAAUGUUUAUAAAGAUUAUACCAAAAACGUGUGUUUUCACGAUGAACCUGUAUCAAAUUUUAUUUUUGAUUAAUUAAGGUCAUUUAAACCAGACAUUACCAGAUUGAAGUAUGUGGCAUAUGAUACACUGCCCUGGACCCCUUAAAGGAUAGUAUAGAAUGAAGAUGGUGCUAUGGUCUAAACCACUGAGCCUCUUGGGCUUGCUGAUCAAAAGGUCAGCGGUUCGAAUCCCCAUGAUGGGUUGAGCUCCCAUUGCUCUGUCCCAUCUCCUGCCAACCUAGAAUUUUGAAAGCAUGCCAGUGCAAGUAGAUAAAUAGGUACCGCUGCGGUGGGAAGGUAAAUGGCAUUUCCGUGUGCUCUGGUUUCCAUCACGGUGUUCCGUUGCACCAGAAAUGGUUUAGUUCUGCUGGCCACAUGACCCGGAAACCUGUUUGUGGACAAAGGCCGGCUCCCUUGGCCAGAAAGCGAGAUGAACGCUGCAACCCCAUAGUCACCUUGGACUGGACAUAACCGUCCAGGGGUCCUUUAGCUUUUACCUUUAGUAUAGAAACACAAUACAGACAGCUCCUGGUUUAGACACGUCCAAAUGAGGUAUGAUUGGCCGACCAGGUGAACUAGCAGGAUGGGGUGGCAGUGGAUUGGUGGACCAAAUGGGUGACAGCUGAUUGGCUCAGCAGUGCAUGUGGAGGGGAGCUCCUCCCAUUUUUUGAACGAAGAAUCCUUUUCUGGAUCUAAACUGGGGACCCCUUGCCAAUAAACUCUGAGCUUCUCUGUGAUGCUAGGACUCCUACUGCUCUUGAUGCAGACUAGGUUCUGAGGCUGUGUGCUUGUGAGCAGUGUGUUAGGAUUGGGCUAAGGAACUUCUCUUCACAAGUGUGACCCCCCCCUCCCUUAUCCAGAUUUUGCUAUGAGCAUAGUAGCCUGUACCUGAGAAGGGAAGCACACAUCAGUGAAAAUCCUAGUAAAAUAUUCUGAACACGGAGCUGAACUUGUUAAAAAACAACCCCAAAACUUUUUGCUUCCAUUCUGAUAUUCUCUUUCCAAUAAACCGUUAAGAUGCUGAAGAGUAAGGUAAAGGUAAAGAGACCCCUGACCAUUAGGUCCAGUCAUGACCGACUCUGGGGUUGUGGCACUCAUCUCGCUUUAUUGGCCAAGGGAGCCAGCGUACAGCUUCCAGGUCAUGUGGCCAGCAUGACUAAGCCGCUUCUGGCGAACCAGAGCAGCGCACGGAAAUGCCAUUUACCUUCCCGCCGGAGCGGUACCUAUUUAUCUACUUGCGCUGGCGUGCUUUUGAACUGCUAGGUUGGCAGGAGCAGGGACCGAGCAACGGGAGCUCACCCUAUCACGAGGAUUCGAACCGCCAACCUUCUGAUCAGCAAGUCCCAGACUCUGUGGUUUAACCCACAGCACCACCCGCGUCCCUGCUGAAGAGUAAUGCAUAUUAUUAAUGCCCAGUGCAUUUUUGCCAAUAAGUAGGAGAUCUUCAGCUUGAACUUUUAUAUUUUGAACUGAUGCUCACAUUUUCAAUCCCAGCCUGGAUGCAUUUCAAAUGCUAUUUAAAACAAAUUACAGUCUCACUUUUUAAAACAAAAACAAAAAAACCCACAACUUUAGCUGACUUUGGAUUGUAUCCUUGUUUCUGGGGAAACUCAAGGAAAUGCCUAAGGAGAAACAACAAAAAUAUCCCUUCUUUUUGCAAUAGGAUUUUCUUGCUAUGUGAAGUCAUAGGUGAGUUUUCUUUUCUUUUCAGUGACUCACUACAAAAAGGGAUAGUAGUGGAUAAAGCGUUACACAUAAUUCAUACCACAGGAGGAGAGGUAUACAUAACGUUUUGAAGGAAGUGCUAUCAUCAUUUGUUCAUUUCCCUUCUCGGGAAACCACCCAAAUGAUUUGGUUUUAGUAACACACUUAGUUGUAAUACAAUUUUCAAUGUAAUCCAGAUCCCACUGAGGUCAAGAGGGAAGAACCCACGGUGAUGUUCAUGGUUGUGUCACGUAGUCGCUAACGGACAGGGGCGGCCAUUUUGUGCACUAGUAUCCAGGAAUAAGUCCUACUGGAUUUACUGAGACUUUUAAAAGCAUUUCAAGCUACUCCAGGAGACGUUUUUCGUGCUUUUGCUGAUAGUCUUUCUUAUUUUUCUUUAACGCCACUUCACAUCUAGAAAUUAUGAACCUCCCUUCUCUAUUGCUAUGUAUAGAUUUUGCCCAGACUGCAAAAGGGGGUCAGGAGAGAGAAUCAAAGUAAAGAGCGCUCUAUGUGCUUGCUCAUCUAUACCACCAUUGCUCCUGGCGAAACAGCUUUUGCAGGUGUUUGUGUGGCUUAAGCGACUUCCAAAUAUAGAUGGUGUUGGGGGGGGUUGGAGGGGGGAAGCUAAGACUAACGACAAAGUGUGUUCUCCUUCAUGGAGAGCAUGUGUUGCAGUGGGGGCCGACAGGACACUCCAAAGUUGUGGGGCGGGCUAAUUGAUCGUUGGCCACUGUUGUGAUUGGGCUUCCCUUGUUGCUGGGAAGAAGUUAAUGUUGCCAUUUGUUGAUUGACAGCCAGAAAUGCUAAAACUCCUUGCACGAGGCUAGGGCUUCCUCUUUUCGCCCGUGCAUCAGAUUGCACGCCCCCCUCUCCCAAGAAUUAGGGUAGUUCGCUUUGACCUUGCUAUGCCUGUCAUGGGGUCGUCUGCUCUUGGGGCAGGGGCCAGGUGGGAAUUUUGUCCAUCUGGCUGAUUGGCUGGGGCCAUUUGUUUUUUGCCUACUGCGUAGCAAAUCGUCACAACUUGUAAGGUUGUGGUUAGGCAUUGGUUUAUGGUUUGGUUGGUUGAGGGGCAUGGAUUGGCUGUGCCUGCCCCUCUAUUUCUGCUGCUGCGAGGGAUUCCGUUAAAGGAAUACAGGGACUCACCAUUGCUUUUGUCCAAACCCUGUCAAGGGGCUAGGGCCACGCAAGAGCCCCUGGUUGCAUUUGGGGUGGGCUGAGGGCAGGUUCCCUGCUCCGUCGCUACCCCCAAGUGUAUUCCCCUUUUCUGACUUUCGCAGGCGUGUGAAAUGUCAGUCUGUCCCCCACAGUGGGGGCAGAUAGUCGCAACCAAUGCCUAAGCAACCACUCACAUUUUUUGUAUUUGAAUAAAGUUGUGGCCAAAAUUAUGCCAAAAACCUUAAACAAAAUUUCUGUGUGAUGUGUGAGUUAUUUGGGGUGGCCCUGGAGACCUUGACACGCAAAAAGUAAAACUGGAUAAAAGCUAUUGCUUUUCUUCUGUCUGUGUCAUAGACAUGACUGCACACAAGCAACAGGAGCAGUCUGAGUGUGGGGGGGCAAAGUUAGGCAGAAGGGGAAGAGGGAGGCUUGCCUUUUUCUCAGACAGCUGAAAGCCGUGGGCUGCAGCCAGGGGCGGAGGAAGGGGGGUGCGGUGGUAUAAAAUUUUAUUCUUCAAAAUCAGAGACAACAAAUUCAGUAGCAUCAUUUGCGUCUUCUGCUACCUGGAAUAUGUCUGAGAAUCAACAGCUUAAAAUAUAAAGAGUGUGGAAAAGCUUUCAGUGAUGCGGUUAAGUCUUCUUGCUUUGGUUGCAUGUUAGAACUUAAAAGGCUUUUUUUUUUUAAUGCCAGUGGUUUUGUUUAUGAAAAAUAAUAACAAACAUCUUUGCUUUUCAGCUUAAAACUGAAUCUAUUCCAAGGCUUUAUUUCAAAGAGAUCCAAGAUUCCGGAACAGGAGGUCAUGCAAGUUCAGUUCUUUGUAUACAGUAUGCCCAGCAAAACAUGUUGAAUCUUUUGAGAAUAUUCUGAGGUUUAGUAUUUAAUUUCCUGGGCGGAAUACAAGAAAAGCAGUCUGCUAGAUUACUUUCACAAAGCUGAUAUUGGCUGGCAAAAAGAAAGCUAAUUUUAAAGCAGGUAAUGGUGAAAAUAACAAAUCUGUGCAACUGCCUCUCAGAAAUUGCCUAGAUGCUAUUUUAUUCUGUUUUAACCAGCUCCCCCCCCCCCCCCCCGCGUCUCCACACCCAUCGUUCUUGUUUUUGUAUCCAUUCUUCUUCUUCUUUCCAUUUUUGGGCAAGAAACAUUCUUGCUGCUGUAGAUGCACCCAUAUGGUUGGGGGAAAGAACCGCCAGGGAUAAAAAAAUGACCAAAGACUAGCAUAUUUGCAAUGCAAAUCUUUAUUAGAAUAAAAAAAUUAAUUGGGGAAGGGGGAAACUGGUCCUUGGUUGAGAGAGCUGCUGGCCUCACUGUUGCCGCUGCCUGGAAGAGAAAAGAACAGAAAAGAUUCUUAAUAUUUCCAUUGAGGAUCUCCAAGUGGCCCACAUUAUUCUCCCUUCCUCAUCCAAUCCCUAAACUCUUCUUAAAUCAGGGAGCUGCCUCCCCGCCCCCCAGCCAGCCAGAUUCUCUCUGGCCUCCCUGUUCUUCGUGAACAAAGAUCAACACUCACCACUGGUGGAAUCACUGGUGGCAUCCAUCCCCUGGUCCUUCGGCCUCACAUAAAUUGUACGAACUCUUAUCUUCUUUCCAUUAAUCUCCAUGGUGUCUUCGUCCAGGGGAUGGAUUUUUAUGGAGCGGCAACAGGAGGCCAGCAGCUCUCUCAACCUUCGCAGACCGGAACAUCUAGGGAAGAAAAGGAAGAAGGUCACGAAAUGGAUUAUUUCCUCGCUACUCUCUAUCCCUGCACUGCAAGCUAUUUCCCUCAAAGCAGCUAAGGGGCCCUGAGGACAAUCUUUAAAAAUUAAUCUAACCAUGACCCGAUGUGUCUAAAUCUUAAGGAAUAGCUAAAGAAAUAGGGGGAAGAAUAAGAGAUUCUACUUACAAGCGAGACGACUGAACCUUCAUUAUCUCCAGAAAUACACUCUCACCAAAUUCACUGAUUAAAUUCAAAGUUCUCAGCCAAGUCACUCAGCAGGGAACAUGUCACAAUGGAGGACAUGACAUCAUCACUCUAGCUACCUCGCCUAACAAUGGGCAUCACUCCUCUUAAUAUUAUUUUUCAAAUAUAUCUUUCAGUGGGUUAAGUGGUUUUAUUUAAUUAAUUUAGAAUAUGGUUACCAGAUUUUUUUCAAUGAAUCCAGGGACACUUCUUUUCUUCUUCUUCUUCUUUUUUGAAGCUGAGUGGCAACAGGGAGUCUGUAGUGGGGAUGGUGAAGCAAAAGAUCCUGGGCCCAAGCACACAUCCAUAUUGUAUAAAGGUGCAAAGUUCUUCUUUUGCACCCUGUGAAACAUAAAUGCACAGAGUUUUUAAAAAACUGGGCAAUGGCCACCCGCCCACAACUCCCAAGCCAUCCCCAAAGGGGGCAGGGGGCAGGAGAUCUGUACCACCAGACGUCCUCGGUUCCCCUUCAGAAGUGGCAGCAGCAGCGGCAGUCAGCAGCCCGGAGCCAGCCUGGUGGCGCAGUUGGCUCUGGCUGGCUUCAGAAGCAGCUUGCUUCUGUGGCACCCGCCAGUUUGCUUCCCGGAAAUCCUCAUAUGAUGUGUCUUGUGCACAACACAUUAUAUGGGGACUUCUGGCAAGGAAAAGUAGUGGGUGCCAUGGCAGCGAACAGCAAGCAGCUCCUGAAGCCAGCCAGAGCCAGCUGCGCUACCAGGUUGGCUCUAGGCUGCUGAGGCUGCCGCUGCCACAUUUCCCGGGGACAGAUUUGCAAAUCCGGGGACGUCUGGUAACCCUAAUUUAGAAAAGAUCCACAGCUGGCUUCAUGCAGCGCAGUGCAUUUCUGCACAGGACAGGAAACACCUUGCAAACACACACACUUUUGAACAUGGAGGGGUCACCAAGGGACAACACUUCUGGCCUUGACUAUGGCUGCUGUUUCUCACUUAAGAGUUAAAAAUAACCCCUCUCAACACCCUGUAGUAAACUGUCCAGGAUUACGAUGAACAGAAGCAGGACUUCACCCUUAGACCUCCUCAUCCCCCUGUUUCUUUAAGUUUCUGCCCAGUGUGUUCUGCCAAUAAACAGCUUUCCUUAGGUUGCAAGGAAGUGAAAUGUUAUGAGUUUGUAGGUGCCAGGCUCCCUUUUGCCAUGAGUUUCUGGGUGCCAGGCACUGAACCCCUGGACACUGAACAUCUGGGGAGUUGAUCUAAGCCUUGUUUCAAUGUACCCCAAGCUCUACAUUUGAUUCUUGGUUAUUAAAAACGGUUUGAACCCAUUUUAUUUCAUUCACAAAAGAAAAUCUGACAUGUGAUUAUCAUAAGAGUUUAUAGACAAUGGGUAGCAGGUUUAUUAAUCCUUUUCAUAAGUUAUUAUUUGUCUACUUUAAUGUAUUCUUUAUAUAUAGUAAUCAUUUAGAGGUUGGGGUGGGAAGCAGUUUUGAAUAUGAAACUGGUGGAUGGCUGUCAUUAAUUCAGAUCCAUUCCAUAGAAUCAUAGAAUCUUAAGAGUUGGAAGAGAACCAAGGGUCAUCUAGUCCAACCCCUGCGAUGCAGGAAUCUCAGCGAAAGCAUCCAUGACAGAUGGCCAUCUAGUCUUUGUUUAAAAACCUCAAGGAAUAAGAGUCCACCACCUUCCAAGGGAGUCUGUUUGUUUUUAUGAAUGUUUAAUCAGAAUCUCCUUUCUUGUAACCUGAAGCCAUGGGUUCGAGUCCUACCCUCCAGAACAGGAGAAAACAAGCAUCCUCCCUCUUCCGUGUGACAGCCCUUAAAAUAUUUGAAGAUGGCUAUCAGAUCUCCUCUCAGUCUCCCCUUUCCAGGCUAAACAUACCCAAUUCCUUCAACAUCCUCCUUAAAUUGUGGCUCCCAGAAUUGGACACAGUAUUCCAGGUGUGGUCUGACCAAGGCAGAAUAGAGCGGUACUAUUACUUCCCACGAUCUGGACACUAUACUUCUGUUAACGCAGCCUAGAAUAGCAUUAGCUUUUUUGCUUCUGCAUCACACUGUUGACUCAUGUUAAGCCUGUGGUCCAUCAAGACCCUUAGAGCUUUUCCACAGGUACUGCUAGGAAGCCAGGUGUCCCCCAUCCUAUAUUAGUGAAUCUGUUUCUUCCUGCCUAAGUGCAGAACCUUACAUUUGUCCCUAUUGAAAUUCAUUUUGUUGGCUUUCGUCCAGUUCUCCAACCUGUUAAUGUCCUUUUGAGUUCUGAUUCUGUUUUCUGCAGCAUUAGCUAGCCCUCGCAGUUUGGUGUCAUCAGCCAAUUUGAGGAGCAUCCCCUCAAUUCCUUCAUCCAAGUUGAACAACAACGGGCCCAGGACAGAACCUUGCAGCACCCCACUUGUCACUUUUUUCCAGGAGGCUGAGAAAGCAUUAAUGGCCGCUCAUCAUUUCACAGUGGUGGGCAAUGUUUGCAGCCCAGCACACUGCACCACCAUCUUCUCAGAGCCAUGCUGCUCCUGUGGCCAUUGCUCAUCUGCUGGGGGCACCGCGGAGGCCUCUGGGUUCUCGUCUGUCCUGCGCCAGCAUGGAAUCUUUAGCUGCUGCCAUUGACUACACUUGUCGGCCUGGGUAUGGUGUGCCCCUUUAAAGAAUUUUCCUCCCACUUGGGAGGUUUCCGUUGGCUUGGUUCUAAGAAUGCGCACACACUCAGACGGUCACAGUUUCUGUUUUAUAUUCACAGCUUUCCCUAAGCGCAGGCUUAUAUUCUGCUGCUCUGAGGCUCUUUCUUCUAACUCUUUGCUGUAUCACUUCCUAAUUUUUUCCAGUCCUUUUCCUUAUUAAGAUAAUAAUAUGGAUAAGAGUAAUAGUAACAAUAAUAUUAGCACCAUCAUGCCGCCUGCUAGCACAACUGAACAACAAGGGGUCAUUUCUCCACCUUGCACGCAUAAGGGCAUGUCAAGUGGCGCUCCUAGCUGAGCCGUGCAGGUGGCUAAAAAGAUUAAGAAGAGGGUGCUCUCUUCAGGGAGGAAGUGUUUCUGCUGGAGGCAAGAAGGCAACAUCGGUUGGCUCUCCCACCGGAUCUGGAAGCCUUGCAACCACCCUCAAGUGGUCAGCUCUCUCCUACAGACGUCGGGUGAGUCCUUCCUUUCCCUCAUCCCCUGAUUAUUCCUCUUCUAACAAAUAUUCCUCUUCUCGGUUGCUAGGGAAGGGACAACAGGGACUAUAGGCCAUUUAAGGAAGCGUGAGGAGCAGGCCAAGGUGCUCAUGGCAAAAUCUUGUUCUCCCCAUCGCCAUUCUCAGAUGUUAGGCACAGAGGCGGGUCUCCCUCCUCUACUUUUUCUGAUAGUUCCUCAUGCCCUGAAUCACAUAGGACACAGUGCAGGAAGAAGAGAUCCUGCUGAACUAGGAAACACGGACAUGAGUCCAGGAGGGAUCCUUUGGAUUCUUCGGAGUCCCCAGGCAUGUCUGCUUAUUCUGAUAGCAACUUAGAAGACCGCAUUAAGCGGUGUUGGGUUACUACAUCUAAAUGACCCAACCUCCUCUUCUACUACUCUUCUACUACUCUUGUAGAAUCAAGAGUCAUUUAGGGAAGCUUUUAAUGUUUGAUGUAUUAUAGUAUUUUAAUAUUUUUUGGGAAGCCGCCCAGAGUGGCUGGGGAAGCCCAGCCAGAUGGGCGGGGUAUAAAUAAUAAAUUAUUAUUAUUAUUAUUAUUAUUAUUAUUAUUAUUAUUAUUAUCAUGAGUGCAUCCUCAAGGGCGAAUUUAUAGACAUGUUUUCUUCACUAUCACCUGCCUCGUCGUGUAGUAUAUAGUCAAAACCAGCGAAGCAGCAAAAUAAAGAAAAGAAAAUCACUGUUGAACGCAACUUCCAUAACUGGAUGACCGUGUUCUCUAAUUAUGCAGGUGUCAUAUAGUGAGCCUCUCCUGACAGGGCCUGGCACCUCUUUAACUAUCAGCAUAUCAUCCUAAAUGUCAAACUGAUGGCGGGGGAAGCUGCAGCCUUAGAGUAUGAUGACGAGUUCAGGGAAAUGGCUGCGGAGGAUCAUACAGUUCAAUGGGAUGUAAAAGACAGGGACACUUGGUCAGAGCUGGUGUCUCCCUACAUGGAGAAGAGGUCAGACUUAGCCAAAUCUUUGAAGCUGCCUCAGAAGUUUCUGCCUAGGGUGUGUUGGGAAUUCAACAACGGUCCGUACCACUACACUCACAAUGAGAGUGCUAUGGUGGCUCACAUCCCCGUUCCAAAUGUUUUCAUGCCAGGACCUUUCUUCGUAGCUUCUGGAAGUCAGGUUCUACAUUAGGAAAGAAGGACUGCCAGUACUGUGGGCUCCCAACUGGCAAAGAGACCCGCCUGAAAAUGACCCGUUUUUCUCCCUAGGAGUCGCUGGUGUGCCCACCCCUGGCCAGCAUUGUGGCAUAUUGUGGGUAUCACACGUGACUGAUAUGGGGCAAAUUGUGUAGUGUCUGUUGGUCCAGUUUUGAGGUAAUGUUAUUCCAUGCAGCAUAUUCCUUGGCCUUCUUUGGGGCCCUGUGCAUUGGUGAGUGCACCGUGGACAUGGCAUCUCUCCCCACUCAGGUUUGGAUAUGAAAGAUACCAAUUUCCAGGGGCGUUGUCUGAAAAUCAGAAUUUGUUCUUCCAAAACUGAUCAGUUCCACAGGGGCACUAGCCUAAUGGCCCCUGCCCUGUCUGUGACACCCGUAGGUUCCUGAGUGUUAGGCCUGACACGGGCAACCCACUCAUUCACACGAAUGCCUAUCCUCUCUUCUGGCACCAGUUCGCCGCAGUACUGAGAAAAGUCCUUGUGGCAUGUGUUGGCAAGACCUCUCCUCCUUCCAGAGGGGAGGAGUUGUGUGUGGGAGACGACUCCCACAUCAGCAGGGGGGCAUAUUCAGCCCCCUGUGUCAGCCUGCCCCUCAGCCACUGCGCCAAGCCCAUUAGACAGCCAAUAGGGCUGACUCGUGGGCGGGGUUUAGCCACGCUUAAGCGGCCAUGGCGCUGCUGGGGCCCCAUUUGGCUUCCUGCUUCCUUCCUUCCCUCCCUGUACACUUUCCAGACUACUCUUUCCGCAUCGGGGCUGCUACAACUGCUGCGGCCUGGGGUUUGGACCCUGAUCACUUGAAGGCAAUGGGCUGCUGGCACUCUAAGGCCUAUAAAGGUUACAUCCAGCCUGGUCAACAAUCUCUUAUGGAUUCCUUGUCAAUCUUUAAUUUUCAGCAAAACUGUUUGGGUCUUCGGCCGCUGUAUCAUCCACUGGUCAGCUGCCCACGCUGCCGCAAAUCACUGUAGAAAACACCUGGCCAUCCAUCCCAGAGUGGACCAGCGCAGGAUGCAUUGGGCUGCCCUCAUGCCAAGGUUACGCUGAGCAACCACGUUUCACGCCCCCCCCCCCAAGGUGGCUUGCUGCUUCGCCAGGGCAAAAAUGACCUGGUCGCCCAAAAGAGCAACAACCUAAUUUGGCGGCAAUUGCAGACAUUGUGGGACUUUGGGCAGCAUAUCCUGAUACCACCAUCCUAUGGACGGAGCUUUUUCCGGGUCUCCAUUGGAGGGGAGCUGUUCAGCCUUUGCGUCUCAGUUAUGGCCAUUGUCAAAACCAACAGGGCAACCCGCAACGUGACCCUGCGUAUCGGCGGCCGAGUGAUCAAACACCCAGACAUCAAGCCUGACAAGCUGGAGGUUUUCAGACCUGAUGGUGUACACCUGACCCCACGAGGGAACAAACUUUGGUUGAGAGAAGUGAAGCAGGGCUUUGAGGAAUGGUUUGCGGACAUUGGAUUGAUGGUAUCAGCUGGAGGUAGUCUGCGAUAUCACGGUUCCGGGGGGCGGUUUUAAGGCUUUGAUGGAAUUCUUUAAUCCAUCAUGUGAAGUAGGGGUGGCGUCGCAAUGUACCCCACCUGCGACAGCAGUAUCAGGGUCCCCUUGAAAGGGUGUCCUGAGGGGAGUCUCAGACCACAAGCGCACAGUGGUGGGUCAAGGACUCCCCUCAGCAAGUGGAUGAGGGGCCAGAUGUGUAAACACACAGUUUGCAGUGUCCCCAUAUUCCUGACUGUCCCUGUCUUGCCUCAGACCCCAACAGAGGACUGAGAGGGAUGUACACCCAAUGCCUAAGCCAAGGUUUCCUACAUCUGAAAUUUUAAUAAAGUUGUGGCCAG